AUGAGCACGGCGCGCUUGUCGCAGGCCUGCAGUGUGCUCGACGCGGUGCAGCUAGGGUCUUCUCUGUCGGUCCGGAAUUUCAUGCAAAUCGGAAGUGGCUGCAGUGUGAUUGACACCCUGCAACUAGGGUCCGCACUGUCGCUCCGAUCCUUGUUGCGCGUCGGAUCCGGCUUGUCCUGCUUGUCCGACAUGCGGGUGGCCGGUCCGUUCUCCGUGAUCUCGCAGAUCAUGCUGGGCAGCAGCUUGUCGCUCCGGUCCAGCAGCAAGUUCGGCAGCGCGCUGUCCGUCUUGGACUUCGUGCAGAUGGGCUCUUCGUUGUCGAUCCGGAAUUAUUUGCGGGUUGGGUCGGCGAUGAGCGUGCUGUGCCAGGCGCGAGUCGGCGGGUACCUCUCCGUGAUGCAAGGCAUCUACCUGGGUUCCUCCAUCUCCGUGCGGUCGCACACGCGACUGGGUAGCGACAUCAGCGUUUUGUCCUUCGCGAACUUCGCCAGCAGCUGCUCGCUCCGGCAGUACAUUAGGUUAGGGUCCUCCCUCUCUCUGCUGAACAGCGCGCGGAUCGGGCAGAUGUCCUCCGUGAUUGACUGUGCGCAGCUCGGAUCGACGCUGUCCGUGCGCGGGUUCGUCCGGAUGGGCAGCGCGUUCUCCGUGCUGGACUACGUGACCCUCGGAUCCGCGAUCAGCAUUCGCUCGAUGACGCGCUGCGGGUCCAUGGUGUCCAUCCUGGGUCUGUGCCGCGUCGGCUCCUGCUACGGCCUGUCCGUCAUCGACUACCUGUCGGUCGGAUCUAGCUGCAGCGUCCGCUCCCGCGUCCGACUCGGCGACAGCUUGUCGGCCAUGAGCAUGGUUCAACUCGGAAGUUCUGUCUCUCUGCGGUCGUUUGUCCGCAGCAGCCAGCAGAUCUCCGUGCUGGAUUACGUGAACCUGGGUUCCAGUCUGUCUGUCCGGCAGUUCUUCAAGCUCGGGUCCUCCUUCAGCAUUACUGGCCAGACCGCGAGACUGUCCGGCGCGUUCAGCGUUACCGACUACGCGUUCUUCGGAAGCUCGUUGUCCCUCCGCGCGCACACGCGCUGCGGUUCGAUUGUGAGCGUGCUGAACUUCGCACAGUUCGGAUCCAGCAUGUCUCUGCGCAGCUACAUCCGGUUGGGCAGCAGCGUUUCGCUUUUCGAGAAGGUCAAGAUCGCCGCCCGCUGCAGCGUCUUGGAUUACCUCAACUUGGGAUCCACGCUCUCCGUGCGCUCGGAAACCCGCAUGGGCAGCAACGUGUCCGUGCUGGGCUUCGUCCAUCUGGGCAGCAGCCUCAGUCUGCGCACCAUGUGCCGAUUGGGAUCCGCGUUGUCGAUCAUGGACCGCCUGCGCGCCGGCGUGACCUGUUCCGUCCUGGAUCAGUUCCAGCUCGGGUCCAGCCUGUCCGUGCGCGGGUACACGAAGCUGUCUUCCGACUGCAGCGUGCUCUCCUUCGCGAACCUCGGGUCCAGCGUCAGUCUGCGGUCCGUGUGCCGCAUGGGCAAGAACCUGACGGUGAUUGACUUCCUCACCAUGGGCUCCGCGCUGUCGCUCCGCGCGACGACGAGAUUGGGUUCAAGCUGCAGUGUGUUGUCCUCCUGUCGACUGGGCGAGGCGGUGUCCAUCCUCGAGCAGGCGACCUUCGGCAGCAGCAUCUCGGUCCGCCAGUACGUCCGCAUGGGCGGCGCGGCCUCGGUUCUGCGGUUCUGCGACAUGGGCAGCAGCGUGAGUCUCCGCACGGUCGCGCGGUUCGGAUCCACGGUUUCGGUCUUCGCCCGCGCCACGAUCUCCUCGCCGUUUAGCGUGCUGGAUUGCGUCAACCUCGGUUCGUCGCUCAGUGUGCGGGGCGUGAUCAAGUGCGGCUCGCACUGCAGCGUCAUGCAGUUCCUGAACGUGGGGUCCAGUCUUAGUCUGCGUUCCUACGUCAGACUCGGAUCUGGCUUGUCGGUCCAGAAGGAAACGCACUUAGGCAGCGUUCUUUCCGUGCUGUCCAACGUGCAGCUCGGCUCCAGCUUCUCGGUGCGCAGCAUCGCAAGGUUCGGCUCGAACUUGUCUGUCCUCGACUGCGUCAACAUGGGCUCCGCGCUCAGUGUGAGAGCGAUGGCUCGCUUCGGCAGCUCUCUCUCCGUGUCCGGCAUCGUCCGGGUUGGCUCGCUCUACCAGCUGUCCGUGGUUCACGCCACGAACCUGGGCUCCAGUCUGUCGGUCCGAACCUUGACGAGACUCGGCAAGGACUGCUCACUGAUCGACUUUGUCAACCUCGGCAGCAAUCUGUCUCUCCGGGGUGACGCGAAGCUCGGCAAGGUUUUGUCCGUGUGCAACUUCACGAACCUGGGCUCCUCGCUCUCCGUACGCACGUUUAUUCGCCUUGGCAGCGGUCUUUCCGUGACGGCGAAAACCACGAUGGGAAGUUGCUUGUCGGUUCUGGACUUCUUGACGCUCGGAAGCUCGCUCUCCGUGCGCUCGUACGUCCGGUUCGGCUCUGCGCUCUCCAUGCUGGAGUUCUGCGCGGCCGGCAGCUCGCUCAGUCUCCGCCAGUACGCGCGGUUGAGCAGCACGGUGUCCGUGUUGAAGCGCGCCACGAUGGGAAUGGACAUGUCUGUGCUCUCGCAGGUCCAUCUCGGUUCCGUCUUCUCCCUGCGCGACUUCUGCCGCCUGGGCAAGACGGUGUCCGCGUUCGACUUCGUGCAGCUCGGCAGCGGCUUGUCCCUGCGCUCCUACGCGCGGUUCGGAAGUACUCUGUCCGUCGCGGACCGGACCAAGCUCGGCGCGAAGUUCUCGGUUCUGGACAUGCUGGUGCUGGGCAGCAGCGUUUCUGUUCGGUCCACUGUCCGGUUCGGAUCCAGCAUUUCCGUGCUGGACGCGAUCACGCUCGGGUCCUCGUGCAGCGUCCGGUCCAACAUUUACUGCGGAUCGCGGUGCAGUGUGCUCAUGUUCGCCGAAGCGGGCUCCAGCCUGUCCGUGCGCCAGUUCGUGCGUGUCGGGUCCGGUUUGUCCAUCUUCAAGGGCGCGAGCGUCGGCCAGGAUGUGAGCAUCCUCGAGCAGAUCACGCUCGGAUCGUCUUUGUCGCUGCGCGCGCACAUGAGGUUCGGGUCCAACGCGUCGAUCCUCGGUUUCACGGCGUUGGGUUCGUCGCUUUCCAUGCGUGCAAUGACCCGACUGGGUAGCGGCACGUCCGUGUUCGGCAAGCUGUUCGCGCGGUCGGAACUCUCCGUUCUGGACUGCCUGAACCUCGGGUCCUCCAUGUCGCUGCGCGCGACCGCGAAAUUGGGGAAAGCCUUCUCCGCGCUGGAUUUCGCGAACCUCGGUUCGUCGAUCAGUCUGCGUGCGAAGGUUGCAUGCGGUAGCGUGAUUUCCGUUGUCGGUCACUUCCGAAUCGGCGCGGCUCUGUCCGUGAUGAACGAAAUCAAUCUCGGCAGCGCUUUGUCCGUCCGCAAGACGGUGCAGCUCGGCUCGAGGCUUUCCAUUGUCGACUGCUUGAAUCUCGGCAGCAGCUUGUCCUGCCGGGUUGCGACCCGGUUCGGCUCGACGGUGUCUGUGAUCGGUUUGACGCGUGUUGGCAGUCUUCAAGCGCUGUCCGUGAUCGGCCACGUCAACCUCGGGUCCAGCAUGUCCCUCCGUUCAUUCGGGAAGUUGGGCAAGACCCUGUCCGUCCUGGACGUGGUCCGCCUCGGAAGCUCCAUCUCGAUCCGCAACGUCGCGCGGUGCGGCGAGACCGUUUCCGUCCUGGACUUCAUGACCAUGGGCUCCGCGCUGUCCCUCCGCGCACACCUCCGCCUGGGCUCCACCGCUUCCAUUUGCGGCGUCACGAACAUCGGCUCGUCCUUCAGCGUGCUGGACGCCGUGACGCUCGGGUCCUCGCUGUCGUUGCGCAACUUUGGGAAGUUAGGGAAGUGCAUGUCGGUGCUCGACUACCUGGCGACGGGCUCUUCGCUGUCCCUCCGCGGGUACGCGAGAAUCGGGUCAGCGAUGUCCAUCCACGGGCUGUUAAAUCUCGGUAGCUGCAAGCGGUUGUCGGUUAUCGAUUUCCUGCACGUGGGAUCUUCCUUCUCGCUGCGGAACUUCGCCCGGCUCGGGGAGAAUUUGUCGGUUCUGGACUUCGCGCAGUGCGGCAGUGCCCUCUCCGUCCGUGCCUUCGUCCGCCUCGGUAGCGGGUUGAGUGUGUCGGAGGCACUGAAGGUCUCGAAGUCGCUUUCCGUUGCGGAACUGUUCGAGAUCGGAAGCUCGAUCUCCGUUCGACGGUUCGUCCGCAUGGGCGAAUCAUUGUCCGUGCUGGAUCAGCUCGCUCUCGGCAGCUCGCUGUCCGUGCGGUCGACCGUGGCUUGCGGCUCGUCGUUCUCGACUCUGAAGUUCUCCAGCUUCGGAUCCGCGGUCAGUCUCCGCAACGUGCUGCGGCUCGGCUCCGCGGUCUCGGUGUUCGGCAGCAGUUUGUGUGGCAGCGCCUUGUCCGUGCUCGACUCGGUCAUGCUCGGCUCGGCUUUGUCCCUGCGCAACAUGGCGCGGUUGUCCGGUCAGGUUUCCAUCCUGGACUCCGUCUUCCUGGGCAGCAGCCUCUCCCUCCGCAACACCAUGCGCAUGGGCGAGACCGCGUCCGUCCUCGAGAUGGUCGCUUUGGGCAGCAGCCUGUCCGUCCGCUCGUUCACGACGUUCGGCUCGAUGGCGAGCGUCCUCGACUCGGUCAUGUUGGGGUCGUCGCUGUCCCUUCGCACCCACGCCCGGCUCGGAUCCAACUUGUCCGUCCUGGACUUCGGCAGCUGCGGAUCCGCCCUGUCCCUGCGCGCCAUCCUGCGUCUGGGCUCGGCGGUCAGCUGCGUCGGCAAGGCCCGCAUGGGUGCUUCGCUGUCCGUGCUCGACUACACGCACUGCGGAUCGUCGAUGAGUGUCAGAAACUACGUGCGAAUGGGCUCCGGGUUGUCCACGCUUGACUUCCUGGUCCUCGGCUCCAGCGUGUCCGUCCGGACCUUCGCUCGCGUCGGAUCGGGCGUUUCGGCCCUGGGCGCUGCGAAGAUCGGUUUGGCGUUGUCCGUGAUCAACCAGGCGCAACUCGGAUCUUCUCUGUCCAUCCGCAGCAGUGUCAGGUUCGGACAGGGAUUGUCUCUCCUGAACUUCUUGCAGCUGGGGUCCACGAUCUCCGCUCGCGCGGUGACCCGGUUCGGGUCCGCCAUGUCGGUCUCCGGCAAUGCCAGAAUGGGAUCCGAGAUGUCCGUGUUGGCGCAGGUCCAGCUAGGUUCCAGUCUCAGUCUCCGUUCAGUUGUGAAGUUCGGUGCUCGGUUCAGCGUGCUGGACUUCACGAACUUGGGAUCGUCACUAUCUGUCCGCAACUACGUGCGGAUUGGCAGUUCCAUGUCCGUGUUCGAGAAGGUGAACGUGGGUGGCGCAAUGUCGGUCCUGGACUACAUGGCGCUGGGAUCGAAUUUGUCCAUUCGCGAAGCCACCAGAUUCGGCAAGUCCGUCACCGUACUCGACAUGAUGAACCUGGGUUCCGCGCUCUCGCUGCGGUCCUACAUGCGGGCUGGCUCCACCUUCUCCGCGUUCGGAUCGGUGGAUGUGGGCAGCAGUCUUUCCAUCCUCGACAUGGCCAACUUCGGGUCCGGCCUGUCCGUUCGCGGAAUGGUUCGAUUGGCGAAAACGUUGUCCGUGCUCGACAGCAUCAGCCUCGGCUCCUCGCUGUCCAUCCGUGCGGUGGUCCGCGCCGGUUCCAGCAUGUCGCUGCUGAACUUCACGAACCUCGGCAGCAGCAUGAGCUUGCGUGCGGUUGCGCGGUUCGGAAGCGGAUUGUCGGUGACGAGCAAGCGCGCCGAUUGCUCCGCGGCACUGUCGGUGUUGGAUCAGGUGUCUCUGGCCUCCAGUCUCAGUCUCCGCUCAGCAGCGUUCCUGGGCAGCAACGUAUCCGUUUUGGACAUGGUGCAGUUCGGCUCCGUGCUGUCCGUCCGGUCCGCCGGUCGGUUCGGGAAGGCGAUGUCCGUUCUCGACUCGACCAUGCUCGGCUCGGUCCUCUCCCUCCGCGCGAUGGCUCGUCUCGGGAGCAGCGUCUCCAUCGCGGGCGCGAAGGCGAUGCUGAAGGCGAGAACUUCGAUUCUCGACCAGGUGACGCUCGGAUCGUCGCUUUCGCUCCGGUCCUUCACGGACUUCGGGGACAGCAUCUCGGUCUUCGACUACAUCAACAUGGGAUCCAGCUUGUCCGUCCGCCAGUACGUGCGUGUGGGCUCCAGUCUGUCCUGCAUGGGGAAAGUCAGAAUCGCAGCGGAUCUGUCGAUCCUGGAGUCUCUGUCCCUCGCCUCCUCCGUGUCCGUCCGCGGACUCGGGCGGAUGGGCAGCAACUGCAGCCUGCUGGACUGCCUGAACCUCGGUUCUAGCUUGUCGCUCCGCUCGUUCGCCAACCAGGGAUCGUCGGUCUCCAUCAGAGCCUUCGCUCGCUUGGGCUCGGGUUUGUCGACGUUCAUGACGGUGCGGUUCGGCUCCAACGUCUCCGUGCUGAACUUUCUGUCGCUCGGAUCCGCGCUGUCCAUGCGGUCAACCACCCGACUCGGCAGCAACUUCUCCGUCUUGGAGUUCGUGCAGCUCGGCUCCUCGCUCUCCGUCCGCGCCGUCACGCGGUUCGGUUCCGCGAUGAGCAUCGUUGAGAAGGUCCGGUUCGCCAGCGACUUCAGCGUGCUGGAUCGGGUCACGCUCGCCAGCUCGCUUUCGAUCCGCCGCCGGGCCGACCUCGGGUUGUGCGCCAGUGUGAUGGACUUCCUGACGCUGGGCUCGCAGAUGUCGUUGCGCGCCGUCGCCCGGAUCGGCUCCACUCUGUCCGUCUUCUCCACGGUGAAGUUUGGAUCCAGCGUGUCCAUCUUGGAUCAGUGCAGCUUCGGAUCCAGCGUGUCUUUGCGCGGCUUUGCGCGGUUCGGAAAGACGAUGUCUGUCCUCGACGCGGUUGCGCUGGGCAGUUCCUUGUCGGUUCGUAACUACGUCCGCGUCGGAUCGACUUGCUCCAUCUUCGGCCAGCAGGUCCGGUUCGGCAAGGGCUUGUCCGUGAUGGAUUGCGUGAACCUCGGUUCCUCGCUCUCUGUCCGCGCGUUCGCGAACUUGGGAAGCUCGCUGUCGGUCAGAAGUUACGCUCGCCUGGGGUCCGGCUUGUCGGUCUUCAAGCAGGUCAGCCUCGGUUCCUGCCUGUCCGUCCUGGACACCUUCAACCUGGGGUCCGCACUGUCCGUGCGCGGGUUCACCAAACUCGGCAGCAAGUGCUCGAUCGUGGACUUUGCGAUGCUCGGCUCCGCCUUGUCCGUGCGCCAGUUCGUCCGGGUUGGCAGCGGCAUGAGUGUGGCGCAGAAGUCGCAGAUUAGCGGGCAUCUGUCCGUGAUGGACUACCUGCACCUGGGAAGCUCCAUCUCCGUCCGCUGCAUGGCGAUCGCCGGUUCUCGCAUGUCCAUCAUGGACUACUGCGCGCUCGGCUCCAGCCUGUCGCUCCGCGACUACGUGCGGGUGGGCUCGUCGCUCUCCGUCUUCGCGGCCGCCCGGUUCGGCGUCACCUGCUCGGUGCUGAACUUCUCGCAGUUCGGUUCCGCACUGUCGCUCCGCGCGUACCUACGGGUCGGCAGCGGAUUAUCCGUUUUCUCGGACGCGAAGGUCGCGGGCGCGUUCUCGCUGCUGGACUGCCUGAACUUGGGCAGCUCGCUGUCCGUGCGCGCAACCGCCAGCUUCGGCGCAAAUGCGAGUGUGUUCGACUGCAUGAACCUCGGUUCCACCCUGUCGAUGCGCGCCACCGCGCGGUUCGGCUCCAGCGUUUCGAUUCGCGCGUUCGCGCGGUUCGGAUCCGCGAUGAGCAUCUACGGUGAGCACACCCGCCUGGGCGGCACGUUCUCGAUCCUGGCCUUCGCGAACAUGGGCUCCAGCUUGUCCGUCCGCAUGGCCAGCAAGGUCGGCAGCAACAUGAGCAUCCUGUCCUUUGUGCAACUCGGCUCCGCGCUGUCCAUGCGCGCCGCGGCGAGACUCGGCUCCGGCCUGUCCGUCUGCUCCGUUACGAAGAUCGGUGCUGCGAUGAGCGUGAUCGACCAGGUGAGUCUCGGUUCGGCACUCUCCGUACGCGCCUUCACGCGGUUCGCGUCGAACUGCAGCAUGCUGAACAUGGUGGCGCUCGGGUCCGCGCUCUCGGUCCGCAACUACCAGCGAAUCGGUUCGGGCGUCUCGAUGCACGGCACGACCAGAAUCGGCCAGGAGUUCUCGUUGUUGGAGCAGGCAGAGUUCGCCUCUUCUAUGAGUCUCCGUGCCUUCGCCCGACUGGGAUCCACGGUGUCCGUGUUGUCCUUCGUCAACCUCGGGUCCGCGCUCUCGCUGCGCAACUGCGCGAGGCUAGGUUCCGGCGUCAGCAUCUCGGGUGACGCGCGGGUCGCGAACAGCCUGUCCGUGUUGGAUCAGUUCCACAUUGGCAGCACGUUAUCCCUCCGUAACCUCGCUCGCUGCGGCUCGAAGCUGUCGAUUUUGAACUUCGGGCAGUGCGGCUCGGCACUCUCCGUCCGCGCGUUCGUGCGGAUCGGGAGCAGCUUGUCCCUGACCUCGAGGGUGCAGAUGGGCUCGUGCCUGUCCGUGCUCGACACCCUGAACACCGGCUCCGCCGUGUCCGUCCGUGCGUUCGCGCGCCUCGGCUCCGGCCUGUCGAUCUUCACCGGUGUCCGGCUUGGCGGCAGUCAGUCCGUGCUGGAGUCCGUGCACUUGGGUUCGUCGUUGUCCCUGCGUUCGUUCUGCCAGCUGGGCAGCAACCUCUCCCUGCUGGACUACGCCGCGUUCGGAAGUUCCAUCUCCCUCCGCAACUACAGUCGGUUCGGGGAGACCUGCAGCAUCCUUGACAGCGUCACGCUCGGGUCCGCCUUGUCGCUGCGAUCGACCGCGAGACUCGCUGGCAGUUUCAGUGUGGUGAACAUGUCGCAACUUGGAUCCUCCCUCUCCAUCCGCAGCUUCGUGCAGGCCGGGUCCAGUUGCUCGGUGAUCAACUUCCUGCACCUGGGCUCCGCGAUGUCCAUCCGGACGGCGGUCCGCCUCGGCUCCGCGGUGUCGGUGUUUGGCAAGGGCACGGUCGGCAUGCACAUGUCGAUCCUGCAGCAGGUGAACCUCGGUUCUUCGCUCUCGGUGCGCUUGUUCGCCAGAAUGGGCUGCAACAUGAGCAUCCUGGACUACGCGCAGAUCGGUUCCUCGCUGUCCGUCCGCAACUUUAUGCGCAUCGGGUCCACGCUCAGUGUUACCGGUUCCUGCGACAUCAGCAAGCAGCUUUCCGUCCUGGAGCAGGUGCAGUUGGGCAGCAGUCUGUCGCUCCGCUCCUCCGCGCGGUUCGGCUCUUCGAUCAGCAUCCUGUCCAUGACCGACAUCGGCUCUGCGCUCUCCGUGCGCGCCUACUGCCGCGUCGGAUCCGGCUUGUCCGUGUUCACGGCGGUGAAGGCGGGGAAGACACUGUCCGUGUUGUCCGAAAUGAACAUCGGCUCCAGUCUGUCCAUCCGCUGCGUCGCGCGGUUCGGGUCCGCGUUGUCCGCAUUGGAUGCGGUGGCGCUCGGCAGCUCGCUGUCGCUGCGCCAGUACGCGAGAGUGGGAAGCAGUUUGUCCGUGUUCACGUCCGCGCGGUUCGGCAGUUGCUGCUCCGUGGUGGACAUGCUGAACUUGGGUUCCGCAAUUUCCAUGCGUGCGGUCGCCAGAAUCGGCUCCAGCUUCUCCGUGUUCACCACUGCAAGGUGUGGUGAGAACGUGUCGAUUUUGAACACCUGCCAGUUCGGGUCCAGCAUCUCCGUCCGCCAGUUCACCCGACUGGGCGACGGCAUUUCGAUCAUCGACAUGACGCAUUUGGGCUCUUCCAUCUCGCUGCGCAGCACUGGAACGCUCGGAAAGCAGCUCUCUGUCCUGCAAUUCGUCCACUUGGGCAGCACGUUGUCCCUCCGCAACGACUUCCGAAUCGGCGCCUCCGCGUCCGUGCUCGACUUCGUCGCGAUCGGGUCCGCUUGCAGCCUGCGGAACGUGCUGCGCGCGGGAUCGACCUGCAGUGUGUUGGACUUCAUGAACAUGGGAUCUGCUUUGUCUAUCCGCAACUACGUGCGCGCGGGCAGCAGACUCUCCGUCUUCAGCAACAUGCAGCUCGGCGACACCAUGAGCGUCUUGUCCGAGUGCGAAGUUGGUAGCUCUUUAUCCCUGCGCGUGCUCGCCCGCUUGGGGAAGACUUUGUCCGCCUUUGACUACGUCAGUUUGGGUUCGGCGAUCUCCGUCCGAGCGUUCACGCGUUUGGGUUCCACGUGCUCCAUCGCGGGCACGGGGAAGUUCGGCAUGGCCAUGUCCGUGCUGGGUGCGGUCACGAUCGGAAGCUCCGUCUCCCUGCGGAACACGUUGAAGCUCGGGAAGUCGCUGUCCUCUAUGGACAUGGUGCACUUCGGGUCUUCCGUCUCCGUCCGCUGCGUGGGACGCUUCGGCAAGCAGAUCUCCGCGUUUGACAUGCUGUCCAUGGGAAGUUCCGUCUCGCUCCGCAACUACAGCAGACUGGGCGCGAACCUCAGUGUUCUGAACUAUGCCACGUUCGGCUCCUCCAUGUCGCUGCGCUUCAUGGCCCGCGCCGGAAAGAGCCUGUCGGUCCUGGACGGCACCAGCUUGGGUAGCUCGCUUUCCGUCCGGGCGUACAGCAGGAUGGGCUCGAACGCCUCCGUGUGUGACUUCGUCACCAUCGGCUCCUCCAUCUCCGUGCGGCAGUUCGGCAGACUCGGGUCCAACACGUCCGCCUUCGACUUCCUGCAGAUGGGCUCCGCUUUGUCGUUGCGUGCCACGGCGCGACUCGGCUCGGGUCUGUCCAUCAUGGGCAAGGCGACCAGACUGUCCACCAUGCUGUCGGUGCAAAAUUGCAUGACGUACGGGUCCUCCAUGUCGAUGCGCAGCUUCGUGCGGUUCGGCUCCGCCGUGUCCAUCAUGGACUACGUGAACAUCGGGUCCAACAUGUCUCUGCGCGCGUUCGCCCGGUUCGGAUCCGUAGCGAGCAUCUUCGCCGACACCAAGUUCGGCGCCAUGCUCUCGGUGAUGCAGGCGGUGCACCUCGGCUCGCAGCUGUCGCUGCGGAAGAUGGCUAGACUGCACGACUCGUGCAGUAUCCUGGAUGCCGCGAACCUCGGAUCCUCGCUGUCGGUACGAUCGGUCGCGAAGCUGGCCGGCGGGCUCUCCGCCUUGGACUUUGUCCAGUUCGGAAGCUCCUUGUCUGUCCGCGGCGUGGCCAGCUGCGGCUCGAACAUGUCCAUCCUGGAGUUCUCGCAGCUCGGCUCGAGCUUGAGCCUGCGGUCGGUGAUGCGCGCGGGCAGCAACCUGUCGGUGCUGGACAUGGUCAACUUCGGUUCCUCCAUCUCGCUCCGCCGGUUUGCGAACUUGGGUGAUCAAUUGUCCGUGCUCGAUUCCUGCAGCGUCGGGUCCACCAUCUCGCUCCGCAUGAACGCGCGGUUCGGCCAGGGACUGUCGAUGCUCACGUUCGCGCACCUCGGGUCCUCCUGCAGCAUCCGUGGCUACGUGCGAAUCGGCUCGAGCUUCUCCGUCACCGGGCGCACGGUGCAGAUGACCGGGCAACUGUCCGUCCUGAACGCCGCGGUUUUGGGCAGCAGCUUGUCGCUCCGCUCGCACGUCCGCAUGGGAUCGGCCACGAGUCUGAUGGACUAUCUGAACCUCGGUUCCGCCAUGUCCGUCCGGACCUACGCCCGCGUCGGCAGUGGCCUCUCCGUGUUCAGCCGCACGCUGUUCGGCUCGGCGGUGUCCGUGUUGGGCUUCCACCUGAUCGGAUCCUCGCUUUCCGUGCGCUCCUUCGCGAAGUGCGGCUCCAACUUCAGCGUGAUGGACUACGUCGAGAUCGGCUCUUCGCUGUCCGUCCGCGCGGUGUGCCGCCUCGGAUCGACUCUGUCCGUGAUGCGCCGCGUGCGCGGCGGGGCCAACUUGUCCGUGCUCGGGCAGGUGCACUUGGGCAGUUCGCUGUCCCUGCGCACCACCGCUCGCAUGGGCAGCGCGAUGUCGGUGCUGAACUUCGUGCAGCUCAGCAGUUCGAUCAGCAUCCGGUCGUUCUGCCGAUUAGGUUCUGGCGUGUCGAUGCACUCCAGCAAGAUGAGGGUUGGCGGCGACCUGAGCGUGAUCAGCUACACCAGCUUGAGCAGCUCCUUGUCCCUCCGCUCGUUUGUCCGCGCGGGUGACACCUGCUCCGUGAUCGACUUCGUGCACAUCGGAUCCGUGGUGUCCACCCGGAACUACGUGCGGGUCGGCUCCGCGGUCUCACUGUUCAGCACCUGCAGGAUCGGCCAGAUGGUCUCCGUGAUCGACCGGGCCAACUUCGGCUCCUCGAUGUCGCUCCGCUCGUUCGCGCGGUGCGGAUCGAUGAUGAGCGUGCUGGAUGCCGUGACCCUGGGCUCCAGCCUGUCCCUCCGGCAGUACAUGCGGGUGGGAUCUGGCGUCAGCGUCUUCGGCCGCACCAAGAUGAGCGACCAGAUGUCGGUGUUGAACCAGGUGUCGCUCGGUUCCUCGCUGUCCCUGCGCGACCGCGCGGCGUUCGGCUCGAACAUGAGCGUGUUGAACUUCGUGCAGCUCGGCUCCAGCCUGUCGGUCCGGAACUUCAUCCGCCUCGGGUCGACCAUCAGCACUUCUGGCCGUGUGCACGUUGGCAGUUCCGCUUCCAUCUUCAGCUACGGCCGGAUCGGAACCACCUGCAGCGUGCUCGAUGCCGUCUACAUGGGCUCCAGCCUGUCCAUCCGGUCGAUCGGUAAGUUCGGCUCCUGCUUGAGCGUGCUCGACGCGGUGUUGCUCGGGUCGACGCUCUCGGUUCGCUCCUUCACGCGGUUCGGCAGCUCGCUCUCCGUGAAGCACUUGACGAUCCUGAACAGCGUUUUGAAGGUGUCUGUCAUUGAUUUGAUGAACCUCGGGUCGAGUUUAUCCCUCCGCUCCAUGGCGCGAUGCGGCUCCAACUGCAGCGUCUUGGGGUACGUGGAGAUGGGAUCUGCUUUGUCUCUCCGCUCCUUCUGCCGACUGGGUUCCGUGCUGUCGGUGUGCAACCGAUCCACCGCGAGCGGUCAGCUUAGCGUGUUGCAGAAUGUCGCGCUGGGUUCCACCUUGUCCCUGCGCGCGCGGGCCGAACUGGGCAACCGGUUCAGCACGCUGGACAUGUUCUGCCUGGCCUCCUCCAUUUCUAUCCGGGCUUACAUGCGGGUCGGAUCCGGAGUGUCCGUGUUCUCAUCGACGAAGCUCCAGGCGGCGCUGUCCGUGCUGGACUCGGUCUACCUGGGCAGCUCGCUGUCCGUCCGUGGCAACGCGCGGUUCGGCAGUUGUAUGAGCGUCUUGGACAUGACGGCGUUCUCCUCGGCGUUAUCUGUCCGUUCCUUCGUCAAGUUCGGCAGCGACAUGAGCGUCCUCGACUACGUCGGUAUCGGCUCCUCCCUGUCCCUGCGCACGUUCGCGAGACUCGGCAGCAGCGUGUCCAUCCAGCACGACGCAAGGGUUAGCAUGAGUCUCUCCGUGCUGCAGCAGGUUGCGCUCGGCAGCUCGUUAUCCAUCCGGAACCAGGUCCGCCUCGGCGAGUCGUGCUCGAUCUUGGAGUUCACGACGUUCGGCUCCAGCUUGUCGCUGCGGUCCUUCGCCCGACUCGGGUCCAACGUGUCCGUUUUGGACAUGCUGAACAUGGGUUCUUCGAUGUCGUUGCGCGGCCUAAUCCGCCUCGGCAGCUCGAUUUCCGUCGGCGGUUCCCGCGCCAGGUUCGGUUCCGAGUUGAGCGUCUUGUCCCGCGUCACUCUCGGCUCCUCCCUGUCCAUCCGCGCCGUCGCUCGCGCCGGCGCGCGGUGCAGUGUGCUCGACUUCGCCCUGUUUGGCAGCAGUCUGUCGGUCCGGAACUUCGUCCGCGUCGGGUCGACGAUGACCGUGAUGGGCUUGACCGCGAUGGGAUCCAUGUACAACUUGUCCGUGAUCCAACAGGCGGAGUUGGGCAGCAGUCUCUCCGUGCGGUCGCGAACGCAGCUCGCGGGCAGCUUCAGUCUCCUGGAGUUCGCGGUGCUGGGUUCCAGUCUCUCCGUCCGCAGCACAGUCAGGUUCGGCUCUGCCAUUACCGUCAUGGAUUUCAUGGCGCUCGGUAGCUCCUUCUCGCUCCGCUCGGACUUGAAGGUGGGGCGCGGCGUUUCCGUGUUGGACUUCGUGCAGAUGGGCAGCUCGAUGUCGGUGCGAUCUAUUGCCAGACUGGGCUCCAGCCUGUCCAUCCUCGCGUUCGCGCAGUGCGGCAGCUCGAUCUCGCUCCGCAGCUACAGCCGUCUCGGCUCCGGCUUCUCCGCCCUGGGGAAGGUGAAGCUCGGCGCCGAUGUGAGCAUCCAGCGUGCCGUCGGAGUCGCCAGCUCGCUGUCCCUGCGGUCCUUCGCUCGGUUCGGUGAGAACAUCUCCAUCCUGAGCUUCGCGCAGAUGGGCAGCAGCUUCAGUGUCCGGUCCAUGUGCCUGAUCGGCAGCGGCUUGUCCUGCUUCGGAAAGAUCCUGACCGGUGAGAAGGCCAAGGUGUCCGUUAUGAACGAGAUCCUGCUCGGAUCCUGCCUGUCCCUGCGCACCACCGCGCGCUUCGGCAGCAGUCUGUCCGUGCUCGACUUCACCAACCUCGGAUCUUCCUUCUCGGUGCGCGCAGCCUCGCGGUUCGGCAGCUCCGUGUCGCUCUUCGGCUGCUGCCGCCUGAGAAACACACUGUCCGUCGUGGCCGCCGUGAACUUCGCGUCGUCCAUGUCUGUCCGCGUGUACACGAAGCUCGGCGCUCACUUCAGCGUCGUGAACUUCGCCAACUGCGGCAGCAGCAUCUCCCUCCGGAACUUCAUGCGGCUGGGCAGCAACCUGUCCGUCCGGGGGGGAACCAGUUCCGCCAGCUGCAUCUCCGUCCGCGCGUUCGCGCGACUGGGUAGCAGCCUGUCGGCAUUCAGUGCAGUGAAUGUAGGCGACACACUGUCUAUUCUGAACUUCUGCACGCUCGGGAGCAGUAUCUCUGUCAGAAUGGCUGCGAGGUUUGGGGCUCAACAAUCUCUCUGCGACGCCAUCACCCUUACCUCCUCUCUAUCCCUCCGCGCCUACGCGCGGUUCGGUUCGGGAGUGAGCGUGCUUGGACGCACGAGAUUCGGCGCCAACCUGUCCACGCUGGAUCACGUGGCGCUCGCGUCGACGGUGUCGGUCCGCUCGUUUGUGCGGUUCGGUGACAAGGUUUCCGUCAUGGACUUGUUGAACAUCGGUUCCAGCUGCAGUAUUCGCGCGACGGUGCGUGGGCAACAACUGUCGAUCUUCAACUUCGUCAACCUCGGGUCCGCGGUGUCCGUGCGCAACAUGGUCCGGAUCGGCUCGGGCAUGAGCGUGUUCUCCGCUACGAAGAUCGGCUCGUCUGUGUCCGUCCUGUCCUUCCUGAACUGCGCGUCCAGCGUGUCGCUCCGCGCGUUCGGCCGGUUCGGCGCGAACCUGUCCGUGAUGGACUUCGUCAGCCUCGGCUCGACCCUGUCCUUCCGCACGGUCGCCCGCGUCGGCUCCGCCUGCAGCAUCUUCAGCAAGGCGAGCUUCGGCUCCAACCUGUCGGUGCUGGACGCCUCGCAACUGGGCUCCGCGCUGUCGAUCCGGUCGUACGCCAGAAUCGGCUCGGCGUUCACCUGCUUCAGCCGCACGAGACUCGGCGGCUUGUUCUCCGUGCUGGACGCGACGCAACUCGGAUCGACGCUGUCGCUCCGCGCCCGCGGCCAGAUCGGCGGUCGCGCGUCGUGCUUCGACUUCCUGAACCUGGGUUCGACUUUGUCCGUUCGUGGCUUCGUCCGGAUGGGCUCUAGUCUGUCCGUUGUCGGCGACGUCCGGCACGACGGAACGCACAUGGCCACCACCGGUACGUUCAGCGUCGGCAACAUCAGCAACCUGGGCGGGUCCGCGUCCGUCUACCUGUUCGCGAAUCUCGGCAGCUCGCUCUCCGUGCGCUCGUUCGCGCGCAUGAGCAACACGUGCUCGGUGCUGGACAUGACGAAUCUGGGCAGCGCUCUGUCGUUGCGUAACUUCAUGCGGAUCGGGUCCGGUCUGUCCAUCUACGGCGAGCAACGCGCGGGCGGCCAGCUGUCCGUGCUCUCGCACGUGCACCUCGGUAGUUCCAUGUCGCUCCGCGGCCGCAACUUCCGCUGCGGCGACCAGAUGAGCGUGUUGGACGCGGUGACCCUCGGGUCGUCGCUUUCCCUGCGCACCAUGGCGCGGUUCGGCGAGAACUUGUCUGUUUUAUCUUUCGUGAACAUGGGCUCUUCUCUCUCCGUCCGCCAAUUCGCCCGUGCGGGUAGCAGCUUCAGCAUCGCGGGUGCGGGCAGCAUUCGCGGCGCACUGUCGCUGCUGCAACAGUACGAGGUCGGCAGCUCGCUGUCGCUCCGCGCGUUCGUGCGCGUCGCGCAGAACAUCUCCGUUCUGAACUUCGUGCAGGCGGGCUCGUCCAUGUCGGUCCGGAACUACGUCCGAAUCGGCAGUUCCAUGUCGGUGUGCAAGCGCGCGAUCCUGAACAGCCAAUUGUCCGUUCUCGGCAUGGUGAACCUGAGUUCCAGCUUGUCCAUCCGCGGCAUCAAGAUGGAGUGCGGGGGACGAACGUCGAUUCUCGCGUUCGCGCAGUUCGGUUCCAGCCUGUCCGUCCGCGCGGUCGGCCGGAUCGGCUCCGCUCUGUCGGUGCUGAACUUCACGACGAUCGGAAGUUCGGUGUCCGUCCGCAGCACGGUCCGACUCGGCUCGCGGUUGUCCACACUGGACUACUUGCACAUGGGCUCGAGCGUGUCUCUUCGCUGCGCCGCGAACUGCGGGGAGAAGUUCUCGAUCCUCAGCUUCGUGAACAUGGGAAGCUCCUUGUCCCUCCGAAACUUCUGCCGCGUCGGAUCCACCCUGUCCGUCCACGGCAAGUUCAUGGUCGGCAGUUUGAUGAAGCUCUCGGUCAUCGAUCGCGUGCAGCUCGGAAGCGCUCUGUCCCUCCGGUCCAUGGCGCAGCUCGGCUGCCACGCCUCGAUGCUGGACUUCGUGAACCUGGGCUCCAGCCUGUCGGUGCGGAACUACAUGCGCAUCGGAAGCAGUCUUUCCGUCGUCUCGAAGGCGCGGUGCGGCUCUCGGUUCUCGACUCUGGACCACCUGCAGCUCGGCAGCUCGCUGUCCGUCCGCUCGAUGGUCCGCGUCGGGGACGCGACCUCGAUCUUGAGCUUCGGCCAACUCGGAAGCAGCGUUUCUCUGCGGUCGAUCAUGCGGACCGGCUCUGCGGUGUCGGUCUUGAACUUCGUGGCGUUCGGCUCGAGCCUGAGCUUGCGCGCGGCGAGCAGACUCGGAUCUGCGAUCAGUGUAUUCGCGGAAACGCAGUUUGGCGGAUUCCUCUCGGUGAUGGAGAACAUGGAGCUGGGCAGCUCGCUGUCCGUCCGCCAGUUCGCCCGACUGGGGUCCACCAGCUCGGUGCUGCGCUUCGUGCACUUGGGCAGCAGCCUGUCGGUGCGGUCCCGGACUGAGUUCGGCUCCAACUGCAGCGUCUUCAGCUUCUUCAACUUGGGAAGCAGCGUGAGUCUGCGGGCGAUGACACGAUGUGGUUCCAUCGCGUCGGUGCUGGACUUCGUCAACAUGGGCUCGUCCAUCAGCGUGCGUCAGUACGCCCGCUGCGGAUCGGGCGUGAGCGUGACUGGCUUGCUCCGGGUGGGUUCCUGCCAGGUGCUCUCCGUGAUCCGCUCCACCACGCUCGGCAGCAGUAUGUCGCUCCGCGGAUUCGCCCGGUGCGGAUCGUCCUUGUCGCUCCUCGACUUCGCGGCACUCGGGUCCUGCCUGUCUGUCCGUGAUUUCACCCGACUGGGCUCCAGCGCGUCCGUGUUCGGAAAGAUGCGGCUUGGCGAGUCGAUGUCGGUCAUGGACGCGACCACCAUGGGAUCCAACCUGUCCCUCCGCUCCAUGGUCCGCAUGGGAAGCGCUUUGUCGGUCUUGAACUUCGUGCAUCUCGCGUCCUCCUGCUCCGUCCGACAGUACUGCCGGGUCGGCUCCUCGGUGUCGAUCUUCAGCAGCACCCGGUUCGGCAGCUCCUGCUCGAUCCUGGCGCAGAUGGAGCUCGGCAGCAGCAUCAGUCUCCGGUCCAUGGCGCAGCUCGGAAAGCAACUCUCCGUCCUGGACUACGUGCAUUGCGGUUCGACCAUCUCGCUUCGCAGCUCCAUGCGGUCCGGCAGCAGUCUGAGCUUGCUGAACUUCUGCCACAUGGCGAGCGCGCUGUCCCUGCGCAACUUCAGCAGGUUCGGCUCCUCGCUGUCCGCCACGGGCCAGGGCCGAAUCGGUGGCGAUCUGAGCAUCCUCUCGCACGUCAGACUCGGUUCGUCGCUCUCGCUCCGGAGUGUCUUCCGCUCGGGCACGCACGCGAGCGUGUUGGACUUCGUCCACCUGGGAAGCAGUCUCUCCGUGCGCCAGUACGCUCGGUGCGGCUCCACCGUCUCCGUCUUUGGCCUGGCCCGCGUCGGCAGCGCGAUGUGCUUGUCGGUGAUCGGAUGCACGGUCUGCGGUAGCAGUCUGUCCGUCCGAAGUUACGUCCGCUGUGGCGACAGCCUGUCCGGUCUGAACUACGUCACGCUCGGGUCCGCGCUGUCCGUCCGCGGCUUCGCGCGACUCGGCAGCGGAUUCAGCAUCUACGGGCAGGCGGAAUUCGGCGCCAGCGUGUCCGUCCUCGACGCGGCGUACCUCGGCAGCUCGGUCUCCGUCCGCAUGGUCACCCGACUGGGCGGCCGCGUGUCCGCCUUGGACUUCGUCAACCUCGGGUCUAGUCUUUCCAUGCGCUCGCUGGCGAGACUGGGAUCCCGCCUCUCCGUGUCGGAGUUCGUGCAGAUGGGAUCGAGCUUGUCCCUGCGGCAGUUCAUCCGUGCCGGCUCCGGGUUGAGUGUGUUCGGUCUGAUGAACGUCGGGUCCGUGAAGCAGUGCUCGGUGAUCGGCAUUGUCAGCCUCGGGUCCACGUGCAGUCUGCGCCAGACGUGCCGCGUGGGCUCAAAGUUCAGCGUGCUCGACUUCGUGAACCUCGGCUCCGCACUGUCCAUCCGGCAGUACGCCCGCUGCGGGUCCGGCUGCAGCAUUCACGGCCUGACGUACCUGGGUAGUUGCUUCAAACUGUCCAUGGUCGACGCCUUGACGAUCUCCUCCUCCAUGUCGCUCCGCUCCGUCGCGCGAUGCGGCUCGGCGGUCAGUGUGCUGAACUUCGGACACAUGGGCUCCAGCCUGUCCCUCCGGUCGCAAGGUCGGUUCGGCUCCAUGCUCUCUGUGUUCCAGUUCGUGCAUUUGGGAAGCAGUUUGUCAUUACGCGCCCCGGUGAAGUUCGGCAACGAGGUCUCCGUGAUCCACUUCGCAUCGAUCGGUAGCAGCCUGUCGCUGCGCAACGUCGCGAAGUGCGGCUCGAGCUUCUCGGUGAUUGACUUCACGAACCUGGGAUCGACCUUGUCUGUCCGCCAGUACGCGCGGUUCGGCAGCUCGCUCUCCGUGCACGGCAUCUUCAAGUGCGGCUCGAUGCACUGCGCAUCCGUGAUGGGCUUCCAGCACUUGGGAUCGUCCUGCAGUGUCCGGUCUUACGUCCGACUGGGUUCCGCCUUGUCCCUGCUCGACUUCGCGUGCAUGGGCUCCGCGGUCAGCAUGCGCGGUACGUCGAGACUGGGCUCUAGUUGCAGCGUGAUGUCGCGUGUCCGCCUCGGCAACGUGCUGUCGAUCUUCGACGCCACGGCGCUCGGAAGCGCACUCUCCGUCCGUACGUUCGCCCGCUGCGGUUCCGCGAUCUCCAUCCUGGACUUCGGGCACUGCGGCAGCUCGGUGUCCCUCCGCUCCACGACGCGCCUGGGCAGCCAGGCCUCGUUGCUGCAGUUCGUGUCCCUCGGCUCCAGCAUCAGUCUCCGCAGCUGCGCGCGCCUCGGCUCCACGCUGUCCGUGCUGAACUUCGUCGAGAUCGGCUCUGCCGUGUCCGUGCGCCAGUUCAUGCGGCUGGGCAGCUCGCUCUCCGUGCACGGCGUGUUCAUGGUGGGUUCCGCCGCGAAGCUCUCCGUGCUGGGAAGCGUCAUCCUCGGAUCCAGCGUGAGUCUCCGCCAGGUCACCAAGUUCGGCUGCAUGCUCUCCGUGCUGGACGCGGUGCACUGCGGCUCGAGUCUCUCCCUGCGUCAGUACCUGCGGCUGGGUAGCAGCAUCUCCGUUCACGGCAAGACGCGCAUCUCGGGCGAAUUGAGCGUGUUGGAGCGCGUGCAGCUGGGCAGCGCCCUGUCGUGCCGCUCCACCGCCAGACUGGGAUCGAACAUGUCGACCCUGAACUUUGUGCACCUCGGCUCUAGCAUCUCCGUCCGGUCCUUCGUCCGCAUGGGAUCGAGCCUCUCCUGCCACACGACCUUGGCGUGCAAGAACAUCCGGAAGUUGUCGGUGGUCGAGAUCACGGUUCUGGCUUCCUCCAUGUCCGUCCGGUCCUUCACCCGGUUCGGGUCCGCGUGCAGCGUCCUCGACUACGUCACCAUCGGUUCCUGCCUGUCGCUCCGCGACUUCGCAAGAAUUGGCUCUGGCUUCUCCGCGGUCGGCAAGGUCCGCAUUGGCAAGCAGCUCUCGAUGAUGCAGGCCAUGCACCUUGGUUCCAACUGCUCGUUGCGCAGCAUGGCACGGUUCGGGUCCGCGGUGUCCAUCCUCGACUACGUCACGCUCGGCAGCAGCAUCUCGCUCCGCCAGUUCUCCCGCAUGAGCAGUGGCAUGAGUGUGUUGGGCAAUCUGAUGACGGGUGGCAAGCGCAUGAGCAUCAUCGACAUGCUGGAGAUCGGUUCCACCAUGUCGCUGCGGUCCAUGGUCCGCUUCGGGUCCUGCAUGAGCGUGCUGGACUACACGAACCUAGCGUCCUCUUUGUCAAUCCGGACGUACACCAGAUUGGGCUCCAGCCUGUCCGUAACGUCCGGUUCCUGCCGCGUCGGCGGCCGCAUGUCCAUCAUGGACCAGUUGAACCUGGGCAGCAGCUUGUCCUUCCGCAGCUUCGCCCGCAUGGGCCAGCAACUGUCCGUUCUUGAUGCCACGAACCUCGGGUCCGCGCUGUCCGUUCGCCAGUUCGUCCGCGUGGGCUCGAGCAUGAGCGUGAAGGGCAUGUGCGCAGUCGGCUCGGCGCUCAACGUGUCCGUGAUCCAGUGGGUCCGCCUCGGGUCCUCGCUCAGUCUGCGCGCGCACGCCAGACUGGGCUCCGGGUUGUCCGUGCUGAACUUCGCGCAGCUGGGCUCGUCGUGCAGCAUUCGGCAGUUCAUCCGGUCGGGCAGCGCGAUGUCGGUGUUGAGCAACGCCCGCGUCGGCGGCAGCAUCUCCAUCCUGCAAUGCAGCAAUCUCGGGUCCAGCCUGUCCGUCCGGGGGACUUCCCGGUUCGGGUCGAAGGCGUCCGUCUUCGACUUCCUGCACUGCGGCUCCACGUUGUCCAUCCGCGGCUACGUCCGAGUUGGCUCGAUGGUGUCCGUGCUCGGCUGCCUGCGGUUCGGAUCCGUCCACGACCUGUCCGUCGGCCAGCAGACGCAGAUGGGCGCGAACCUGUCCGUCCGCGGCACGACCUUCGCCGGCAGCAUGCUGUCGGUGUACGACUGCGUGCUGGGUGGUAGCGGUUUGUCCGUGAGGCACUUUACCAGACUGGGUUCCAGCCUGACCGUGUUCGACUUCGUCACGCUCGGGUCCACCAUGUCGCUGCGUUCGUACAUGCGGAUGGGUAGCGGGUUGGAGAUCUUCGGAACUCUGAACUUGCCGCUUUCCGUCUCGAUCCAGAAGUACGUGAACAUCGGUUCCAGUCUGUCCGUCCGGUCCUUCAUGCGGGUCGGCGGCGGUCUCUCCGUGUUCGACUACUUCAACGUGGGGAGCAGCUGCUCGUUGCGCAACUUCGCGCGGUUCGGCUCGUCGUGCUCCGUCCUCGGCAGUAUGACCGCGGGGCAGAACACCAGUGUCGCUUCGUACGUGACCGUCGGAUCCACGUUGAGUCUCCGUUCCUUCGCGCGCGUCGGGGCCAAUCUCUCCGUGUUCGACUUCACGAACCUGGGCUCGUCCCUGUCGGUGCGUUCCGUCGCCCGGCUGGGGUCCGCGUGCUCGAUUCUGGGAAACUUGAAGGUCGGGGACCGCUUCAGCAUCGUGAACUCGGUGACGCUCGGCUCCGCACUUUCCAUCCGCAGAUUCAGCCGGUUGGGCGGAAAGCUCUCCGUGGUUGACUACCUACACAUGGCGUCUGCUCUGUCGCUCCGAUCGUGCAUGCGCGUCGGUUCCGCGAUGUCGAUCCUGAACUUCAUGGGCUUCGGUUCCGCGGUCUCCCUGCGCAACUACUGCCGAGUCGGCAGCGGGUUCUCGCUGUACGGCAAGGUGACGCUGGGCUCCAGCGCCUCUAUCGUUGACUACGCCAAUGUCGGCUCCGCCAUGUCGCUCCGCGGGUUCACCAGGUUGGGCUCGUCUUUGUCCAUCUUCAGUGGCAGGACGCGUCUCGGUGGCGAACUGUCCGUGAUGAUGCAGUGCGCGGUCGGCAGCUCGAUGUCGCUGCGAUCGCACUGCCACAUGGGUAGCAAUAUGAGCGUGCUGGACUUCGUCGCGAUCGGAUCGGUUUUGUCUAUCCGGCAGUACUUCCGUUGCGGCUCCAGCUUCUCCGCAACCGGCCUCGGACGCGUCGGCGCCCGGAUGUCGGUUUUGGAUGCGGUCUACAUGGGCUCGUCUCUCUCCCUGCGCAGCUACUGUCGCGUGGGCGGGGAGAUGUCGGUGAUUGACUGUGCCCACAUCGGGUCCAGUCUCUCCGUCCGGUCGAUUUGCCGCCUGGGUUCCGCGCUGUCCACGAUCGACUUCACCAACGUCGGCAGCAGCGUGUCCCUCCGCACGUUCGCCCGACUCGGCAGCGCGUUCAGCGUGGUCGGCCCGCACAGCCGCUGUGGCGGGGCCUUGUCCGUGCUGGACGCGACGCACCUCGGCAGCUCGGUGAGUAUCCGGUCGAUGGUGAGGCUCGGCCAGAAGAUGUCCACCUUCGACUACUUCCAUUGCGGCAGCAGCAUGAGCUUGCGUAGCUACGUCCGCCUCGGGUCGAACCUGUCCAUGCUGGACAUGGUCACGUUCGGGUCGACGUUGUCCAUCCGGGGGGUUUCCCGUCUCGGUUCCUCCGCCAGCGUGCACGGUCUGACCCGCGUCGGCAGUCUCUGCAGCAUGAGCGUCUUGCGGUUCGUCCACCUGGGCUCCAGCUUGUCCAUGCGCAGCUCGAACCGCCUCGGCAGCUGCCUGUCCGUGCUGUCCUUCGCAUCGAUCGGGUCGUCGACCAGUCUGCGGUCCUUCAGCCGCGUGGGGUCCGCGUUGUCCGUCUUAGACUUCGCCUGCUGCGGCAGCAACCUGUCGAUCCGGUCCGCAGUCCGGCUCGGUAGCAGUUUGUCCGUCGCCAAGGUCACUUGCUUCGGCUCGCUGUUCGCGCUCUCCGUGUUCGGCAGCGUGGAAUUAGGGAGCAGCUUCUCCGUCCGCGCCCGCUCCAGCAUGGGGGCGUCCUGCUCGGUGUUCAACUUCGUGCAGCUCGGCAGCGGGUUGUCUAUCCGCAGCUUCGCCAGGUUCGGCUCGACUUUAUCCGUCUGUGGCUUGACCGCUGUGGGCUCCAUGUCCGCGGUGUCCGUCAUCGACAAGGUGAACCUCGGUUCCAGCCUCUCGCUGCGCACCGUCGCGAGACUCGGGUCCCGGGCGUCCGUGCUGAACUUCAUGCACCUCGGCAGCAGCAUGUCGCUGCGGUCCCUGGCCCGCCUGGGCUCGUGCGCGUCGAUUCUGGACUCCGUUUCGCUCGGGAGCUCGCUGUCGCUGCGCAACUUCUCCCGCGUCGGCUCGGGCUUCUCCGUGUUCGGCAAGGCGUCCAUGGGCAACACGAUGAGCAUCCUGCAGCAGCUCGAGAUGGGCAGUUCCCUGUCCGUCCGCAGCUACACGAGACUCGGGUCGGCGAUCAGCUGCAUGGACUUCGCGCUCAUCGGCUCUACCUGCUCGAUUCGCCAGUACCUCCGCAUCGGCUCGACAUUGUCUGUCCACGGCGCGAUGCAGGUCGGGUCGGCUUUGAAGCUGUCCGUGAUGGCGGUCUCCAACCUCGCCUCCGCUAUGUCGCUCCGGUCCUUCACGCGCGUCGGCAGCAACAUUUCGGUGCUGGACUUCACCAGCCUCGGCAGCGUUCUGUCGUGCCGCGCUUUUGCGCGUAUCGGCUCGGCGUGCAGCGUGUACGGCGGAUUCAACAUCGGCAACAAGGGGGCUUUGUCUGUGAUGGACUCGGUCUGCCUGGGCAGCUCGCUGUCCAUCCGCGCGCAGUUCCGCCUGGGCUCCAUGUGCUCGAUUGUGGAUUUCUUCACGCUCGGCUCCUCGGUGUCCAUCCGCGGCCACGCGAAGAUCGGCUCGUACAGCUCGGUGCUCGGCUUCCACAGCGUCGGCAGCAGCUUGUCGCUGCGGUCGCUCGCCCGUGCGGGUGACAAAUUGUCCGUCUUCAACAUGGUCAAUCUCGGAAGCGCCCUGUCCAUCCGCGCGUACUCGCGUCUCGGCUCGGACUGCUCUAUCGCGAAGUCUGCUCGGGUCGGGGAGGCGCUCUCCAUCCUGCAGUACGUGUCUCUCGGGAGCACGAUUUCGCUCCGCGGCACGCGCAGCCAGAUGGGUGGGUCGGCGUCCGUCCUGAACUUCGUGAACACGGGAUCCUCGAUCUCCAUCCGCAGCUACGCGAGGCUUGGGUCGUCCCUGACGGUGUGCGGCCUGACCGCGAUUGGCUCGUGCCUGAAGCUGUCCGUCAUCCAGGCCAUGGUCCUCGGCUCCAGCCUGUCGCUCCGGUCCUACGCCCGCUGCGGCAGCUGCGCGUCCGUGUUGAACUUUGUGAACAUGGGUUCCGCGCUCAGUGUCCGCCAGUUCCUCCGCUGCGGCUCGUCCGUGUCCGUGGAGGAAGCGCAACGCGUCGGUGCUAGACUGUCCGUCCUUGACUUCCUGAACCUCGGAUCGACGUGCUCGCUCCGCAGCAUGGCAAAGGUGUCUGGCACCUUGUCUCUGCUCGACUUUGUCGCGUUCGGCAGCAGCAUGUCGCUGCGCAACAUGGCGCGGUGCGGAUCCAUGAUGUCCGUCCUGGACGCGGUGGCGCUCGCGUCGUCCUUGUCGCUGCGUGGCGCCGCGAUCCGACUCGGCUCCAACAUGAGCAUCAUCAGCUUCGCGCAGAUGGGCUCCACGUUGUCCGUCCGCUCGUUCAUACGAAUGGGUAGCAACCUGUCCGUCAAGGGUGCGGGUCGGUUCGGCAACUUGGCCAGAAUCUCGCUCGUGGACAAAACGCACAUGGGAUCCAGCUUGUCGCUGCGGUCCUACGCGCGUCUCGGUGGCGAACUGUCCGUGAUUGACUUCGUGCACGCCGCGUCGUCGCUCUCUCUGCGGUCGUACGCGCGCUUCGGAAGCUCGCUGUCCGUCCAGUGCGGCUCGCGGGUCGGCGCGGAACUGUCCAUCCUGCAUUCGCUGCAGGUCGGUAGCACCAUGUCGAUGCGGUCGCACAGCAAGCUGGGCGCCACGAUGUCGGUGUUGGACUUCGUCCACCUGUCCUCCGCGAUUUCGGUGCGGAACUUCAUCCGCCUCGGGUCCACGGCCAGCAUCCACGGCUUGACGGCGGUUGGCUCCGUGCAGAAGCUCUCCAUCCUCGAUGCGGUCGCCUUCGGUUCCUCCAUGUCCUUGCGCAUGAUGGCGCGGUUGAGCGGCAGCCUGUCCGUGUUGGACGCGGCGUUGUUCGGCAGUUCGCUGUCUAUCCGCAACAUGGUUCGGGUCGGCGCGAAGGCGAGUGUGGUCGACUUCUUCGCUCUGGGCAGUGGUCUGUCCCUCCGCAGCUUCGCUCGGUUCGGCAGCGGCAUGAGCGUGCAGGGCGACGCCAGAGUCGGCAUGCACCUGUCCGUGUUGGAAAGAACCGCGUUGGGCAGCAGUCUGUCGCUGCGCUCCAUGGCAAGACUAGGCUCCCGGGCGUCGAUCCAAGACUUCACGCUUCUCGGCUCGUGCCUGUCGCUCCGCACCUUCGCGCGGUUCGGCAGCAGCUUGAGCGUUGUUGGUGAAACGUACCUCGGGUCCGUGCACAGCAUGUCCGUGAUGAAGUGCUUCCACAUGGGCAGCUCGCUCUCCGUCCGCAGCGUCGCGCGCUUCGCCUCGAUGUGCUCGGUGCUGGACAACACGACGCUCGGCUCGUGCUUGAGCCUGCGUGCGGUGUGCCGCCUUGGCAGCAGCAUGUCCGUUGCGGGGCAAGGCAAGUUCCGCGGCGCGAACAGUGUGUUGCAAUUUGUCACCUUGGGUAGCUCGAUCUCGAUCCGCACGAUCGUUCGCCUUGCGUCGAAGAUCUCGCUGUUCGACUGCUGCGCGCUCGGUUCCACGUUGUCGGUCCGGUCCGCUUUGCGGCUGUCCAGCUCCGCCAGCGUGUACGGUGUGGCCCGGUUCGGCUCCAUGACGCAGUUGUCCGUGAUUGGACAGGUGAGUCUCGGGUCCUCCCUGUCCGUGCGCAGCUUCGCGCGGGUCGGCAAGAACGCGUCGGUGUUGGAUCUGCUGUCCCUGGGCAGCACGAUCUCGCUGCGCGGUAACAUGAAGAUGAGCCACACAAUGUCCGUGAUCGACUCCGUCAGUCUGGGUAGCACCCUGUCGCUCCGCUCAAGGAUGCAGAUCAGCAGUGGCUGCUCGAUCAUCGACGCGGUUAGCCUCGGGUCCGCUCUGUCCAUCCGUGGCGGCCGGUUCCAGAUGAGCGGCCAGGCGUCGAUCCUGGACGCCACGCACCUCGGUUCGAGCCUGUCCCUCCGCAGCUGCGCGCGCAUGGGCAGCAACGCCUCGAUCCUGGACUUUGUCAGCUUCGGCUCCGCGCUGUCGCUGCGCACCUACGCCCGGCUCGGUAGCGGUAUGUCCGCGGUGGGCAUGCUGGCGUUCGGAUCAUUGCUCCAAGUGUCUGUGAUGAACCAGAUGGAGGUGGGCAGUAGUCUGUCGCUGCGCUCCUUCGCGAAGCUCGGCAGUUCUGUUUCCGUGCUGUCCUUCAUGAAGGUCGGCAGCUCGGUGUCUCUCCGUUCCAUGUCCCGGUUCGGCUCCAUGAUGUCGGUGCUGGACUCGGUCACCAUGGGAAGCACGCUUUCCCUCCGCAGCCAGUUCCGGUGCGGUAGCAACAUGUCGAUUCUCGACUUCGCCAACUGCGGCUCGAGCUUGUCGAUCCGCAACUACAUGCGGGUCGGAUCCUCCAUGAGCGUGCAGUCGCAGACCCGGAUGGAGUCGAAUCUCUCCGUCGUGUCGUACGUGCACAUCGGCAGCAGCAUGUCGCUCCGCUCAGCCUGCAGACUGUCUUCCCGGUGCAGCGUGCUGGACUUUUUGAACCUCGGCAGCUCCGUCUCGGUGCGCGACUUCCUGCGCCUCGGCAGCAGCUUCUCGGUGCUCGGCGGCGCGCAGGUCCAGGGAACCGCCGGUUUGAGCGUGCUGUCGCACGUGCAUCUCGGUUCCAGCAUCUCCCUCCGGAACAGCGCGGCUUUGGGCAGCAGAACCUCGAUUCUGGACUUUGCGUUCUUCGGCAGCUCGCUGUCGCUGCGCAGCGCCUGCAAGAUGGGCACGAACGUCAGCAUUCUGGACUUUGUGCACAUUGGCUCCGCCUUAUCGCUCCGGUACACGUGCAGGCUCGGCAACACCGCGUCCGUCUUGGAUUUCGUUCAGAUGGGCUCCGCGCUCUCGGUCCGCUCGUUCUGCCGCCUGGGCUCGUCCCUGACGGUGCACGGCCUCGCGACCUUCGGCUCGGUCAAGAACCUGUCGGUGAUUGACUUCGUCAGCGCCGCCUCGUCCAUGAGCUUGCGGCAGAACUUUCGCAUUGGCGACAACCUGUCGAUUCUGUCCCACAUGCACCUCGGGUCCUCCAUCUCCGUCCGCCGCUGCGCGCGCAUCGGUGCGUUUGUUUCCGUGGUGAACUUCACGAACUUGGGAAGCGCGUUAUCCGUGCGCACGAACGCGCGCAUGGGCGCGAGGAUCUCUGUUCUUGACAUGCUGAACUUGGGUUCUACCUGCUCCCUGCGAACCAACUUGAACAUGGGCGGCUCGAUGUCCGUCGUGGACUUCGCGUCGCUCGGGUCCAACCUGAGCUUGCGGUCCUGCGCCCGGCUCGGCUCCGCGAUCAGUAUUCUGUCGUUCAGCGGCGUUGGGUCGGCGAUGUCCGUCCGCCAGUUCCUGCGCGUCGGCUCCGGGCUGUCGGCGUUCGGAUUGACCGCCUGCGGCAGCUGCCUGAAACUGUCCGUUUUGGAGUCCGUCCAGGUGGGCAGCACCAUGUCUUUGCGCAUGAAGUGCAAGUUGGGCGACCGGUUGUCCGUGUUGAGCUACGUGCAACUCGGCUCUGCGCUGUCCACCCGCGCGUAUGCGCGCUACGGCUCCGGGUGCUCGGUGGUGGGCACCACCAGAAUCGGUCUGUCAAUGUCCGUGCUGGAACAGGUGCACCUCGGCAGCAGCAUCUCACUGCGAUCCUGCGGCAUCUUGGGCGGUGCCCUGUCCGUGCUGAACUACGUGAACUGCGGCAGCAGCAUCUCGCUCCGGCAGUACAUGCGCUUGGGCAGCACCAUCAGUGUCGGUAUCGGCAGUAACGCCGCGCAGUUCGCGGGAAGACUGUCCGUCCUGGGCUGCUUCCACCUCGGUAGCACGCUGUCGCUCCGCGCUGCGUUGAAGACCGGCGCUUCCGCUAGCGCGAUGCAGUUCGUGCAAUUUGGCUCGUCGUUGUCCCUGCGGUCCUUCGCCCGGGUCUGCAGCACGGCCUCUGUGCUCGACAGUGUGAGCCUCGGCAGCACGCUGUCGUUGCGGUCCGUGGCCCGCCUGGGUAGCGCGGCGUCGAUCUUGAGCUUCGUGCACUUAAGCAGCAGUCUCUCGCUCCGUGCCUACGCGCGGUUGGGAAGCAGCGUGUCGGCGCUGGGCUUGACCUCGGUCGGCAGCUGCCUGAAGAUGUCCGUGCUUGGAUGUGUGACCCUCGGGUCCAGCCUGUCCAUCCGCGGCCGCAUUGAGGGCGCCAACCGGUUGUCGGUUCUGCAGUUCGCGACCUUCGCGUCCUCUGUCUCCGUCCGCAGCUUCGCGCGGGUCGGCAGCGUCGCGUCGAUCCUGUCGUUCACGGACCUCGGCUCCGGCCUGUCCAUCCGGGCGGCCUGCCGCGCGGGCUCCCGAGCGUCGAUCCUGGACUUCUGCGCCUUGGGCUCGUCCAUUUCUGUGCGGAACUUCGCCCGCAUCGGCAGCGGCCUGUCCAUGAAGGGCUUCUGCUCGGUCGGCAGCUGCCUGCAGAUCUCCGUGAUCAACCAGGUGCAGCUCGGUUCGUCGCUUUCCGUUCGCCAGUACAGCCGCGCGGGAAGCAGACUGUCGGUCCUGGAUAUGCUCGCCAUCGGCUCCUCGGUGUCCAUCCGGUCGUCGAUGAAUGUCGGAACGCACUUGUCCACACUGUCCUUCGCGAUGUGCGGCAGCAGUCUGUCCAUCCGGUCCCAGGUGCGCGCCGGAUCCUCGCUCUCGAUGCUGGACUUCACCGUCUGCUCGAGCUCUGUCAGCGUCCGCAGCUUCCUGCGGAUCGGCUCCACCUGUUCCGUGGCUGGCCUCACCGCGGUUGGGUCGUUGAAGAAGCUGUCCGUGAUUGACUUCACCAACCUCUCGAGCACGCUGUCUCUCCGCAGCCUCGCCCGGGUGGGUAGCAAGUUCUCCGUGCUCGACUACGUGAACCUGGGCUCCGCACUGUCCAUCCGCACGUCCACCCGACUCGGUUCCGGUCUCUCCGUCCUCGGCAACGCCAAGAUCGGCGAGGUGAUGAGUGUGCUCGGCUUCGCGAAGAUCGGAUCAUGCUUGUCGCUCCGGUCGUUCUGCAAACUCGGCUCCAAGGCCUCCGUCUGCGACAUGCUCGCGCUCGGCUCCUCGCUGUCGAUCCGUGCGAUCGCGCGCGUGGGAAGCGGACUCUCGGUUGCCGGCAACGGCGUCCGCCUGUCCGCGUCGAUGAGCGUGUUGAACUUCGUCACCCUGGGCUCGAGCCUGUCGGUCCGGUCCACGGUGAAGAUCUCCGGGUCCGCCAGUAUCAUCAACUUCGUGUCGCUCGGAUCCAGCCUGUCGCUCCGCAGCGUCGCAAGACUCGGCUCCAACCUCUCCACGCUGCAGUACACCGACCUGGGCUCCGCUCUGUCGAUUCGGUCGUUUGCGCGGUUCGGCUCCGGCCUGAGCUGCUACGGCAGGACGGCGUUCGGCAGCUGCAUGAAGCUGUCCGUGAUCCAGUUCAUGACCGCCGCGAGCAGUUUGUCGCUACGCUCCUUCGCCCGGCUGUCCAGCCGCGCGUCGGUGCUGGACUUCCUCGCGAUCGGGUCCUCGUUGUCCAUCCGCACGACCAGCAGAAUCGGUUCGGCGCUUUCCAUCGCGGGUACCGUGGACGCGCAGUCCUCGCUCUCGGUGAUGGACUUCGUCCACCUCGGCUCCGCGCUGUCCGUCCGCCGCAGCGCCAAAAUUGGUGCGCGUAUGAGUGUGUGCGAUUACCUCGGCCUCGGCUCCGCGGUGUCCUUCCGCUCGUUCGCGCGCCUCGGCAGCAACCUGUCGGUCCAGGGUGCGUCCGAGUUCGGCGACCGCUUGUCCGUCGCCAGCCUGGUCGCGCUGGGCAGCAGCAUGUCGUUGCGCAGCCACUGCAGAAUCGGCGACGCGGUCUCCGCGCUGGAUGCCAUCAUGCUCGGCUCCGCGUUGUCGCUCCGCAGUUCCGCACGGGUGUCCGGCCAUUUGUCCAUGCUGUCCUUCACCACGCUCGGGUCCGCGCUGUCCGUCCGGGGCACCACCAGAUUCGGCUCCAGAGCGUCCGUUUUGGAUCUCCUCAACCUUGGUAGCUCGCUGUCGCUCCGUGGCUACGCGCGCGUCGGCUCCGGCUUGUCCGUGAUCGGUCUCUCGUCCGUCGGCUCCUGCCAGCAGCUGUCCGUGAUCGGCGCCGCUAGUGUCGGCAGCAGCCUGAGUCUCCGGUGCUUCAUGCAGCUGAGCGGAACGGCUUCCGUCUUGGACUUCGUCAACAUGGGCUCCACUCUCUCCGUCCGAUCCGUCGGCCGACUCGGCAGCAAGUUCUCCGUUGUGGACUUCCUGAACUGCGGCUCCGCACUUUCUGUCCGAUCCAAUGCGAAGAUCGGGUCGAACAUGUCCGUGCUGAACUUCGUGCAGCUCGGCUCCGCGCUCUCGGUCCGUAGCUUCAUCCGCUGCGGCAGCAGCGCGUCCGUGGCCGGCUCCAUCCGGCUGUCCAGCUGCUACCGCCUGUCCGUCGUGCAGCAGGUCACGCUUGGCAGCUCCUUGUCGCUGCGCAGCGUGGCGCGCAUGGGAAGCAACGUGUCGGUGUUGUCGUUCGUGCAGAUUGCCAGCUCGCUGUCGGUGCGCACGUACACGAGGAUGGGAAGCGGUUUGUCCAUGAUGGGCUCGCAGAAAGCAGGCGGCUACCUCUCCGUGCUGUCCCACGUGCAGCUCGGGUCGACACUCUCGCUGCGGUCCACGACCAGAAUGGGCAGCAACGUCAGCAUCCUGUUCUACUCGCAGUGCGGCAGUUCCCUGUCCGUCCGGACGAUUGUCCGCAUCGGGUCCGGCGCCUCCGUGGUCGGCAACCUGCGGGCCGGCAAGAACUGCAGCGUGAUCCAGUUCGCGAACCUCGGAUCCACGUUGUCGGUGCGUGGUUUGGGUCGGUGCGGCAGCCGCGCGUCGGUGCUCGACUUCCUGCACCUCGGCAGCUCCGUCUCGCUCCGCAACGCGAUCAAGCUCGGCUCCCAGGCGAGCGUCAUGGCUCUCGGCCGGUUCGGCGAGAUGUGCUCCGUGCUCGACGCGGUCAGCUGCGGCAGCAGCUUCUCGCUGCGCGGGAUUGCAAGACUGGGCGACAAGCUGUCGUUACUCGACUUCAGCGUCCUCAGUUCCUCCCUCUCCCUGCGCCAGUACUGCAGGAUCGGGUCCGGCACGUCCGUGUGCGGCACCUUGAACGUCAGCAAGAAGCUGUCUAUCAUCGACCAAGUCACGCUCGGUUCCGCCCUGUCGGUCCGCGGCGCGGCAAGGUUCGGGUCCCGAAUGUCCAUCCUGGACUUGUGCAACCUGGGUUCCAGCCUGUCCGUCCGACAGUCGCAGAACCUCGGUUCCCGCCUGUCCGUCUUCGACAUGAUGCAGCUGGGCUCGUCGCUCUCGCUGCGCUCCCUCGGCCGGUUCGGCAGCCACGUGUCGGUGUUCCAGUUCGCGCACCUGGGCAGCUCCAUGUCCAUCCGCAGUUACGUCCGCAUCGGCAGCGGCAUCUCGACGCACGGCCUGACCGCCUGCAGGUCGGUGUACCGCAUGAGCGUGAUCAACCAGGCGGCCCUUGGUUCUUCCCUCUCCGUCCGGUCGCACACCAGACUCGGUAGCUACGUCUCCGUGAUCAACUUCUGCACCGCGGGCUCCGCGCUGUCCGUCCGCUCCUACGCGCGUAUGGGCAGCAGCAUGUCGGUCCAAGGGCACGUCAAGGCGCAGUCGCAGUGCAGCAUCCUGAUGCAGGUGAGCCUCGGUUCCGCGCUCAGCUUGCGGUCCACCGCCCGGUGCGGUUCCAAGUGCUCCGUGCUCGCGUACGCGCAGUGCGGUUCCGCGUUGUCCGUGCGCGCCAUGGCGAGGAUGGGCAGCGGAUUCAGUGCCGUGGGUGGCGUCCGGUUCAGCGAGAAGCUUUCCGUGCUGGAGUGCACCGUUCUCGGCAGCAGCUUCAGCUUGCGGUCCGUCGCCAGAAUGGGCAGCUUCAUGUCGGUUUUAUCACAUUCCCACAUCGGAUCCACGUUGAGCUUGCGCUCCUUCGCGCGGUGCGGUUCCGCGUGCUCCGUGCUCGAGUUCGUCAACAUGGGCUCUUCGGUCUCGCUGCGGACCAAGACGCUGAUCGGCGCGAAGUUGUCGGUUCUGGAUUACGUCCACCUCGGUUCGACGGUGUCCGUCCGCAAUUUCCUGCGCAUUGGAUCCUCCUUGUCCGUGAAGGGGGUUGCGGCCUUUGGCUCGGUGUCCAACCUGUCCGUGAUCAGCUUCGCGACGGUUUCGAGCAGCUUGUCGCUCCGCGGCGUCGCCAAACUGGGGAAAUUCCUGUCGGUUUUGGACAGCGUGUGCUUCGGCAGCUCGCUCUCCAUCCGCGCGACCGCCAGAAUGGGAACACAGCUUUCCGUGCUGGACUUGUCCACGCUCGGGUCCACGAUUUCGGUCCGCAGCCUCUGCCGCAUGGGAAGCAGAGCCAGCGUGCUCGACUUGCUGAACCUCGGUUCCGCACUGUCAAUCCGGGGGUUGGUCAGACUCGGCUCGACCUUGACCGUCACGGGUCUCACCUACUGCGGCAGCUGCCUGCGCACCUCGGUUAUCGACUGCACCAACCUCGGAAGCAGCCUGUCCGUCCGGUCGUUUGGUAACAUGGGCAGCCGCGUGUCCGUGCUGGACUUCUGCCAGCUCGGCUCGUCGAUGAGCAUCCGCUCCAUGGUCCGAAGCGGUUCUCGCGUCUCGAUCCUGGACAUGCUGAACCUCGGUUCCACGUGCUCGCUGCGACAACAGUCGCGCCUCGGCGGCAGCCUGUCCACGCUGAACUACGUCAACAUGGGUAGCAGUCUGUCCGUGCGCAGCUUCUGCAGAAUCGGAUCGACGCUGUCGGUCACCGGCUCCUCGCAGCUCGGAUCCUGUCUGAAACUGUCCGUCGUGCAGUGCGCGUCGAUGGGCAGCUCGAUCUCCGUGCGGAACUUUUCCAGACUCGGUGGCAAGUUCUCCGUGAUGAACUUCGUGUCGUGCGGCAGCACGCUGUCCGUGCGGGCCGUCGCACGCGUCGGCAGCGGCAUGUCCAUUGCCAGCAGCGCCAAGAUGGGUGCGCAGAUGAGCGUGCUAGGCUUCGUGAGUUGCGCAUCUUCACUGUCCAUCCGCGCCACGUCGAGAAUCGGUUCCCGGGCCUCGAUCUUCGACAUGCUCGCCCUCGGCAGUUCCAUCUCCAUCCGCGCGAAGGCCAGGAUGGGCUCCGGCUGCUCGGUGGUUGGUGUCGCCAGACUGUCCGGUCGUCUGUCCGUCGCGAACUGCGCGUCGCUCGGCUCCAGCUUCUCGCUCCGUUCCGUCGGUAGGUUUGGAAGCAAGAUCUCCAUGCUGAACUUCUGCAGUGUCGGCUCCAGCUUCUCGCUGCGCCGCACCGCCAACCUGGGCAGCAACAUGAGUCUGUUGGACAUGGCGAACUACGGUUCCAGUCUGUCUGUCCGCCAGUUCGUCCGCGUUGGCAGCACCUUGUCGGUUCGCGGCACCACCUCGCUCGGUUCCGUGGCCAAGGUCAGCGUGAUCGGCUUCUCGCAUCUCGGCUCCACACUGUCGCUCCGCUGCGUCAGCAAGUUCGGCAAGGAGAUGAGCAUUUUGGAUAGCGUCGCGCUCGGCUCCAGUCUGUCGCUCCGCUCCUACCUCCGGUGCGGAUCUUCGGUGUCCAUCUACACGUCUGCCUUGGGCGGCGGCAAGAUGUCCGUCCUCGAACAGGUGCACCUGGGCUCGGUGCUGUCCGUCCGCGGAAGCACCCGGUUCGGAUCCCGGUUGUCCAUCUUCGACAUGCUGAGCUGCGGCUCGCAACUCAGCGUCCGCGGGUUGACGAAACUGGGCAGUUCCGUCAGCGUGUCCGGCCUGGGCAAGUUCAACCAGAUCACCGGAAAGGUUUCCGUCCUCGCCUGGAUGGCGUGCAGCAGUAGCUUCUCGCUGCGCUCCUUCGCGAGACUGUCCUCGAAUUUGUCGGUGCUGGACAACGUCGCGCUCGGCAGCAGCAUGUCGUUGCGACACGUGUUCCGCCUCGGCUCCAACGCGUCGGUUCUCAACUACACGACCCUCGGCAGCGCGCUGUCCGUGCGUAGCAGUUCGAGACUCGGCUCCCGCAUGUCCGUGUUGGACACGUUGAACCUCGCUUCCUCCAUGUCGCUCCGUGCGGUCGUCAGGGUCGGCAGCGGAAUCAGCAUGGUCGGCCUUUGCGCCGCGGGAUCGGUGUUGAAGUGCUCCGUGCUCAACACCGUCAGCCUCGGUUCCACCCUGUCUGUGCGGGCGUUCGCUCGGCUCUCGAGCAAAGCUUCGGUCCUGGACAUGAUGGCGCUCGGCAGCAGUGUGAGUUUGCGCAGCACGUGCAGGACGGGCGACAGACUGAGUGUGCUGAGCUACACCCAGAUGGGCUCCGCAUUGUCCAUCCGCGCGGCGGUGCGGUUCGGCAGCAAGUUCUCCGUCCUCGACUGCCUCACGCUCGGCAGCUCGGUGUCGUUGCGGUCCUUCGUCCGUGUCGGCUCCGGUUUGUCCGCCCACGGCUUCACGGCGGUGGGCUCGUGCUUGAAGCUCUCCGUGAUCAACUGCACGAACCUGGGCAGCAACUUGUCGGUCCGCAUGCUCGCGAAGGUCGGAUCCCGGGCUUCGGUCCUGGACUUCCUGCAUUUGGCAACGUCCGUGUCGGUGCGCCACCUCUGCAGAAUCGGUAGCUCCCUCUCGGUCGGUGGCCCGCAGGCAAUCUUGCAGGCCCGGUUGAGCGUGCUGAACCAGGUCCACUGCGGUUCCGCACUGUCCGUGCGCUCGCACUUCCGCUCCGGCAGCAUGUGCUCGAUCAUGAACUUCGUGAACCUCGGCUCCAGCUUGUCUGUGCGCACGUACGUUCGCAUUGGCAGCGGCUGCAGCGCGGUCUCGCACGCAAUGGUGCAGGGCAAGAUCUCCGUGUUGAACUACGCGAAUUUGAGCUCCGCGCUGUCCGUGCGAUCGGCGGUGCGCAUCGGCUCCCGGGCUUCGGUGCUGAACUUCUUGAACCUCGGCUCCAGCUUGUCGGUCCGCUCGUUCACGCGCUGCGGCUCUGACCUGUCUAUCGCCGGCCAGUUCCGCUUCAGCGGUGGCUUGUCGGUCGCGGAUGUGCUGACCAUCGGCAGUUCCAUGUCCGUCCGGUCCUUCAGUCGCAUUGGCGGCAAGAUGUCCGUGCUGAACUUCCUGCACCUCGGAUCCACCUUGUCGGUCCGGACCAUCGCCCGAGUCGGCAGUGCGGUGAGUGUCACGGGCGCGGGCAGGGUCGGCAACACCAUGUCGAUCGUGUCCCAUGUGGAGAUGGGUUCCGCCUUGUCCAUUCGCGGCCUGAUCCGCUGCGGCAGCAAGAUGUCGGUCCUGGACUUCCUGUCGCUCGGCAGCACCUUGUCGCUCCGCGGCAUGGUCAACUCGGGCAGCAAGAUGUCGCUCGUCAACUUCGCGACCCUCGGCAGCGCGAUCAGCGUCCGCACGCACGCGCGCUUCGGCUCGCGCGCCUCGGUGCUGGAUUGCCUGGCGCUCGGGUCCGCCGUGUCCAUGCGGUCCUUCGUCCGUGCGGGCAGCGCCCUCUCCGUGCGCGGAUUGGUCGCGGCGGGAUCCGUGUACAGGCUGUCCGUCAUCGGCUGCACGCUUGCGGGCUCGGCCUUGUCCGUCCGCAGCACCAGCAGACUCGGCUCUCGCGCCUCCGUGCUGGACUGCCUCCACCUCGGUAGUUCGUUCAGCGUCCGCGCGAUGUCCAGAAUCGGCAGCGGCCUCAGCGUCGCGGGAACAGCCACUCUCGGCUCGCAGCUUUCCGUGCUCAGCUUCUCGACGGUCGGCUCCAGUUUGAGCGUCCGCAGCUCCUCUCGCUACGGCUCGCGGUGCAGCGUGCUCGACAUGCUCAACCUCGGCUCCGUCGUCAGUGUCCGUGCCUUCACCAGAAUCGGCUCCGGCGUCAGCGUGCAGGGCGCAGCCAAGUUCAACACGAACUUGAGCGUUCUGUCUUGCGCGCACCUCGGCUCCAGCUUCAGUCUCCGCAGCUUCGCCAGAUUCGGCGACAAGACCUCCGUGCUGAGCUACGUGGCGUGCGGCAGCGCGUUGUCUGUGCGCAACACCUUCCGGUGCGGCACGACCUGCUCGGUUCUCAGCUUCGGCCACCUCGGUAGCGCCAUCUCCGUCCGCGGAGUUGUCCGAAGUGGCUCGAAGGCCUCCGUCUUCGACUGCCUCAGCCUCGGAUCGUCGUUGAGCAUCCGCUCGGCGAGCCGAAUCGGAUCCUCUUGCAGCGUUCGUGGUUUGGUGAACGUGGGUUCCGUGCAGAACUUGUCGGUGGUCAACUUCAUGCACGUCGGCAGCUCGCUGUCCGUCCGCAGCAUGUCCAGGUUCGGUGGCUGCUUGUCCAUUCUGGAGUUCACGCAGUGCGGCAGCGCGCUCUCGCUGCGUGGGGUCGCCAGAAUUGGAUCCAGCGUUUCCGCGGUCGGCGCGGGUAAGAUCGGAGGAAAAUUAUCCGUGUUGCAGCAAGCCAUGCUGGGCAGCGCUUUGUCCAUCCGCGGGUUCGCUCGCGCGGGCAGCAGGGCGUCCGUACUCGACAUGAUGAAUCUGGCCUCGACGAUGAGCUUGCGUGCGGUUUGCCGCGCCGGCUCCUCGCUUUCCGUCGUCGGCAGGACACUCGGUAUGGGCAACAUGUCCGUGCUGAACGCCAUGCACGUCGGGUCGUCCUUCAGUCUUCGGUCUAUGGGACGCGUCGGCGGUGCCAUGUCCGUGCUGGACUUCGUCGAACUCGGCUCAUCGCUAUCCGUCCGCGCCUUUGCUCGCUUCGGCUCCAGCUUCAGUGUGGCCGGGGAUAGGGCCGUUCUGCAGACGAAGUUAUCCGUGCUGAACUUUGCGACGCUCGGCUCCUCAGCCUCCGUGCGCGCGAUCAGCCGGUGCGGAUCCAGAAUCUCCGUCCUGGACUACAUGAACCUCGGUUCCUCGGUCUCGCUGCGUCAGUUCGCGCGGUUCGGUUCCGCUGUCUCCUGCGUGAAGGCCGCAAGGCUGGCUGGAAGCGCGUCGGUGCUGUCCUUCACGCAACUCGGCAGCAGCUUGUCGGUCCGCGGCAUGGUCAGACUUGGCUCGAGACAGUCCGUCCUGGAUUGCUUGACCCUCGGUAGCAGCGUGUCGGUGCGUGCCUUCACGAGACUCGGAUCGACGUGCAGCGUCCGUGGUUUGGCGAUGUGCGGCUCCAUCAGCAGCCUCUCCGUGAUCAACUUCGCCCACCUCAGCAGCAGCUUCAGCUUGCGGUCGCAGGCCCGGUUCGGCGAUUGCAUGAGCGUGAUGGACUUCGUCCUGAUCGGCUCCAACAUGAGCGUCCGCGCCUACACGAGAAUGGGCAGCAGUGUGUCCGUCUACCACAACAUGAUGGCCGGCGAGAAGCUCUCCGUGCUCAACAGCGUCAACCUCGGCUCGACGUUGUCCGUGCGCGGCAUGGGCCGCCUGGGCAGCCGCGCCUCCGUGCUCGACUGCUUGGCGCUGGGAUCGGCGUUGUCGCUGCGUGGUGUCGCGCGCUUCGGAAGCUCCGUCUCCGUUUCCGCCGGCAAGGCGUUCGCCCCGAAGCUGUCCGUCUUGAACCAGGUGUGCCUGGGCAGCAGCUUCUCGCUGCGCGGCCGGGCCCAGCUCGGCUCGCGUAUGAGCAUUCUGAACUGCGUUAGCCUCGGCUCGGCGCUCUCCAUCCGCCAGUACAGCCGCCUCGGCAGCGGACUGUCGGUCAAGGGUUCGGGCAACAUGAGUGGCAAGCUCUCCGCUCUGCAGUGCGCAAACCUCGGGUCUGCGCUGUCCGUCCGCGCUGCGACCAGACUCGGUAGUCGCGCGUCCGUGCUCGACAUGCUGAUGCUUGGGUCCACGCUCUCCGUCCGCGGCGUGACCAGACUCGGGUCCGCGGUCUCCGCCGCCGGCAGCGGUCGCGUCGGCCAGAGCUUCUCCACCUUGCAGUGGUCGGCCGUCGGCUCCGCGAUUUCCGUCCGCGGUACCAGCCGACUGGGAAGUAGACUGUCGGUCUUCGACGUGUUUAACCUGGGCUCCACACUCUCCGUCCGCGCCUUCAUCCGGUGCGGCAGCACGGUGAGUGUGGCGGGCCGCACAGCCAUUGGCUCGUGCCUGCAGCUUUCCGUGGUCAACGCGAUCCACAUCGGGUCCACACUGUCGCUCCGCGCGAACAUGAAGUUCGGCAGCGCCAUGUCGGUUCUCGGCGUCACCAACGCCAGCAACAAGCUCAGCGUGCUGAACUGCGGCAACCUCGGCAGCGCGCUCUCCAUCCGGGGAGUAAGCCGCUGCGGUUCGCGCGUUUCCGUGUUCGACUGCCUGCGACUCGGCAGCACCGUCAGCAUUCGGUCCUUCACCCGGUGUGGUUCCUGCCUCUCUGUGCACGGUGCGGUGGCGAUCUCCAGUCUGAACAAAGCGUCCAUCGUGCAGUGGGCGCACCUCGGCUCGUCGCUCUCCGUCCGCGGGGUCGCGCGCCUCGGCAGCCGAGCAAGUGUGCUGGAUUGCCUGAACCUCGGCUCAUCGCUGUCCGUCCGCACCAUGGCCCGCCUGGGCUCGAACGUGAGUUGCGUCAGCAAUACGAAGGUCGGCGGGAAACUGUCUGUGCUGAACUUCUCGCACCUGGCCAGCUCCUGCUCGGUCCGCGCCAUGGCGAGACUCGGGUCCCGCGCGUCCGUGCUGGACAUGCUGAACCUCGGUUCCACCGUGUCCCUCCGGUCCUUCAUCCGACUGGGUAGCAGUCUGUCGCUGGCCGGCGACACCGAGUUCGGCAGCCGUGUCAGUUUGUUCGAGCAGAUCCACCUCGGGUCGUCUCUGUCCAUCCGCGCGUCUAUCCGGUGCGGCAGCCGGGCGUCCGUGCUUGACUGCUUCCAGAUCGGCAGUGCCAUCAGUGUCCGCUCCACGUCCAGAAUCGGCAGCAGGGCCUCCGUGUUGAACUUCUUCCAGCUCGGGUCCGCUCUGUCCGUCCGGGCGAUGAUUAGGACCGGCAGUGGUAUUUCCGUCCACAACACGCCCGUCGCCGGUCACAAACUCUCCCUGCUCAACGAAGUGCAGCUCGGGUCCACGCUCUCCGUCCGGUCCUUCAUCCGCGCGGGCAGCAGCAUCUCCGUGUUGGACGCCAUCAUGUGCUCGUCGAGCAUCAGUCUCCGCGCGUCCGGCCGGUUCGGCAGCUACGCCUCGAUCAUGACGUUCUGCCAGGUCGGCAGCUCGCUGUCCGUCCGCAGCUUCUGUCAGAUCGGUAGCUCGAUGUCGGCGAUUGGCUCCGGCCGCGUCGGCGGCAACUGCUCAAUCUUGUCCUUCGUCAGGCUUGGCAGCUCGCUGUCCACCCGGUCCACCGCCAGGUUUGGCAGCAGGAUGUCCGUCAUGGAUUGCUUGGCGCUGGGCAGCAGCGUGUCCCUGCGCGGGUUCAGCCGCGUCGGCCUUGGCUGCAGCGUGAAGGGCCUGCUCGCCUGCGGGUCCGCGCACGCCACCAGCGUGAUCGGCUUCUUCAACCUCGCAAGUUCCCUGUCCGUCCGCGGUGUCACGAGGACCGGAUCCAGGUGCAGCGUGCUGGACUUCUUGACGCUCGGCAGCUCCGUUUCCAUCCGCAACUUCGCCCGCAUCGGCUCGGGCGUCAGCGUCGGCGGCAAGGGCACCUUCCAGGGAUCCUUUUCCUGCAUCAGCCACGCGCAACUCGGCUCGGCGUUGUCCAUCCGCGCGACCGCGCGGGUCGGCAGCCGGAUGUCCGUGCUUGACAUGCUCGGUCUGGGGUCCACCGUGUCCACGCGAACCAUGGCUCGCUUCGGCUCCGGCCUGUCGGUCGUUAACGCCGCGAAGAUUGGCGGCAAAUUGAGCGUUCUGAACUUCACCGGUUGCGGUUCCGCGUUGUCCGUCCGAGGGUAUGCGAAGUUCGGCAGCAAGGCAUCCGUUGUGGACUUCGUGGCGCUCGGUAGCAGCAUCUCGGUUCGCAGCUUCAUGCGGGCGGGAUCCAGCGUUUCCGCGUUCGGAUCCACGCACGUCGCGCAAGGCAGAAUGAGCGUGCAGAAGUUGUGCAACAUCGGAUCUGCACUUUCCGUCCGCGGUGCCAUGCGGUUGGGCAGCCGUGCGUCCGUUUUGGAUACGCUCGCGCUCGGCUCGUCCAUCUCGGUCCGAGCCUUCAGUCGGUGCGGCAGCAGCGUGUCUGCCGUCGGCCUCGUCCGGGUCGGCAGCCUGCACAUGGCGUCGGUGAUUGGCGUCACGCACCUCGGGUCCAGCCUGUCCGUCCGCGGGGUCACCAGGUUCGGCUCCAAGAUAUCCGUGUUCGACUUCCUGCAGCUCGGCUCGUCCGUCUCGGUCCGACAGUUCGCGCGGUUCGCCAGCAGCGUGUCUGUCGCCGGACCCAGAGUGCGCGCCGCGGGCAUGGCGUCCGUGCUCGACUUCUCGGUGCUGUCGAGUAGCAUUUCCGUCCGGUCGUUCGGUCGACUGGGCGGGAAAGUCUCCGUCCUGGACAUGGUUAGCCUCGGCUCCUCGCUCUCGGUGCGCACUUACUGCAGGAUUGGGUCCAGCUGCAGCGUCAUGUCCCACGUCCCGGGUGUGGGUGGAAGACUGUCUGUGCUCGAGCAGGCGACGCUGGGCUCCAUGCUGUCCGUCCGCGCGUACGGGAAGGUCGGUUCGCGCAUGUCGGUCCUCGACAUGCUGGCGCUCGGCAGCUCGGUCUCGAUCCGGCACUUCGCCAGAGUCGGCAGCAGCUGCAGCGUCAAAGGCUUGACCGCAGUUGGCUCUUGCCUGAAACUGUCCACCAUCGGCUUCCUCAGUGCGGGCUCCAGCUUGUCCGUCCGCUCGGCUACCAAAUUCGGCUCGCGCGCGUCCGUCUUGAACUUCCUGCAGCUCGGCUCCAGCAUGUCCGUCCGGGGCAUGCUCCGACUUGGCAGCGGCAUGUCCGUCAAGGGCCUAAGCAACCUCGGCGGCGCGUUGUCCAUCAUCGAGCAGGCCACUAUGGGUAGUUCCGUGUCGCUCCGCAACAUGGCCAGACUCGCGGGCUCCGCCUCGAUCAUUGAAUUCGCCGUCUGCGGCUCCGCGCUGUCCAUGCGUGCGCUCUGCAGGAUCGGCAGCAGCAUGAGCGUGACGGGGGUGUCCAGCUUGGGGAACAGACUCUCCGUCCUCAAGUUCGCGACCUUGGGCUCCGCAUUGUCCGUCCGCAGCAUUGUCAGGUUCGGAUCGAAGAUGUCCACGCUGGACAUGUUCCACCUCGGCUCCAGCAUGUCCGUCCGGUCGUUCGUCCGGCUGGGCUCCGCGUACAGCAUUUCCGGCAACCUGCGAUUCGGAUCCAUGCACACCGUGUCCGUCGUGCACCACACGAGCCUCGGAUCCACGCUGUCCGUCCGCGGCUUCGCGAAGGCGGGCAGCAGACUGAGCGUCCUCGACUUCCUGAACCUCGGCAGCAGCGUCUCGCUGCGCGCCAUCACCAGAAUGGGCUCUUCCUGCAGCGUGACCGGAUCAGCGAACGUGAUGAGCCAGAUGAGCGUGCUGUCGCACGUCCACCUCGGCAGCACCCUGUCCUUCCGCGGCUUCGCGAAACUGUCCGGCGGCGCCUCCGUGUUGCAAUUCACGGCGCUCGGCAGCGCGCUUUCCGUCAGAACGCACACCCGGUGCGGUUCGCGUGUCUCGGUGCUCGACUGCCUCCGACUCGGGAGCACGAUUUCGCUCCGCGCCGCCACGCGGUUCGGUUCCGGAAUCUCGGUCGCCGGGGUGGCGAACACGGGCAACAAGUUGUCCGUGCUGAACUGCGCGGCUUUGGGCUCAACGCUGUCCGUCCGCGGAGCCUCCCGGCUCGGCAGCCGCGCCUCCGUGAUCGACUUCUUCAACAUCGGUAGCGCGAUCUCUAUCCGCGCGGCCCUGCGCCUCGGCAGCGCGCUGUCCGUGGCGGCCGACAGCAGCAUCGGCGGCACGAUCUCGAUCGUGAAGCUCACCAACGUCGGCAGCUCGCUCUCCGUCCGCGGAGUGUCGAGACUCGGCUCGCGCGUGUCCGUCAUGGACUGCUUGACGCUCGGUAGUUCCCUGUCGAUCCGCGCGGCCGUCCGCCUGGGCUCCAACCUGAGCUGCGUCGGCCGGUGCGCGAUUGGCUCCAUGCUGAACCUGUCGCUGAACCAGAUCGCACACUUGGGCUCCACCCUGUCCGUCCGGGCGGCCACCCGAUGCGGCAGCCGCAUCUCCGUGAUCGACUUCAUGAGCCUGGGUUCCUCGCUGUCCCUCCGCGGCAUGACGCGUCUCGGCUCCGGCGUUUCGGUGUCCAACGACGCGAAGUUGAAGGGAAGACUGUCGAUCCAAGAGCAGCUGCACGCGGGCAGCAGUCUUUCCCUGCGUGGCGACUUUAGACUCGGUAGCAAGUUCUCCGCACUGUCCUACGCGCAAUGCGGGUCGUCUCUGUCCGUCCGCGGGUCGAGCCGAUUCGGGUCGCGCGCUUCGGUGUUCGACGUGCUGAACUUGGGUUCCACGCUGUCGUUGCGCAACAUGAUGAAGCUCGGGUCCACGGUGUCCACGUUCGGGGACAUCGCCGCGGGCACGAAGGUGUCCAUCCUGAACACGGUCUUCAUGGGCUCCACCCUCUCGCUCCGCUGCGGGAGCAGGAUGGGCAAGAGUUGCUCGGUCCUGCAGCACGUCAGCUGCGGCUCGGCCUUGUCGCUCCGCAACGUCGCCAGAAUGGGCAGCAAGGCGAGUGUCCUCGCGUUCGUGAAUUUGGGCAGCUCGCUGUCCCUCCGCAACAAGGUUACGGUCGGCAAGCAGGCAUCCGUGCUGCGGUUCUGCCACCUGGGAAGCGGCCUGAGUAUUCGCAACACACUGAGGAUGGGGUCCCGAUGCUCGGUCCUCGAUCUGUGCCAGCUCGGCUCCACGAUCAGCGUGCGCAGCAGCAGCCGGUGCGGCAGCAAGUUUUCUGUUCUCGACAUGGUCAACCUCGGUUCCUCGAUCUCCAUCCGAGCCAUCAUCCGCAUCGGCAGCGGCCUGUCCAUCCAGGCGACCAACAACAGGAUUGGCGGCCGGCUUUCCGUCACCGGAAUGCUCCAGAUGAGCAGUACGCUCUCGGUCCGCGCGACCAGCCGCAUGGGCAGCCGCGCCAGCGUGCUUGACCUGCUGAACCUCGGCUCGUCCAUGUCGGUCCGCAGCUUCUCGCGACUGGGAUCCGCCAUCUCCGUCCGCGGGCUAGUGUCCUUCGGCAGCAUCACCAAGCUGUCCGUCAUCGACGCAACGAACCUCGGUUCGUCGCUCUCCGUGCGGGGUAUCGCUCGUAUGGGCAGCCGGGCCUCGGUCCUAGACUGCCUGCAGUUGGGCUCCUCGAUGAGCUUGCGCACCAAUGCCUACUUCGGAUCCAGAGCCAGCGUCCUGCAGUUCAUGCAUGUACGUUAUUUUUUCAAGAGAUAGAGAACUACGUAGAUCUUUUACCCUUAUGCUUAUUCGCCGACUGUACCUAGCAUUUAGCUUUCUUGUCCUCCUUUAGCUUUAUCUUGAUCAUGAAUGAAGCAAAAGCGUACAAUUUUCAAAAAUGAAACUCCAAACAGAUCGGCUCCACGUUGUCUCUCCGGUCGCAAUCGCGUAUCGGCGGCAGCACGUCGAUGUUGCAGUUCUGCCAGCUCGGGUCCGCCCUCUCCGUCCGCAGCCAGAGUCGGCUGGGCAGCCGGGUUUCCGUCCUGGACUUCCUCGGCCUGGGCUCCUCGGUGAGUGUGCGAGCGAUGAUCCGGUCCGGUAGUUCGCUCUCCGUGAAGGGCAACGUGCGGUUCUCCGGCGAAUCGGGCCUGUCUAUCCUCGGACAGCUGCAGACCGGCUCCGCGCUGUCGCUGCGCAGCUUCAGCCGCAUGGGCUCCAACUGCUCCAUCCUGGACUACGCCUUUCUAGGCAGCACGAUCAGUGUGCGGUCCUUCCUCCGCGUCGGCUCCGCGCUCUCGGUGAAGGGCCUGGUCGCGGUGGGCAGCUGCAACCGACUCUCCGUGAUGGGAAUCACGAACUGCGGAUCCGCGCUCUCCGUGCGUGCAGUCAGCAGAUUGUCGUCGCGGUUGUCCGUGCUCGACCUGCUCAGCUGCGGAUCGGCACUGUCCGUGCGUGGUCACACGCGCUUCGGCAGUUGCAUUUCCGUGCUGGACUUCGUCAAUCUAGGUAUACUUACUUGCGUAAAAUGAGUUUUUCGUUCCUGUUUCACUUGGUUGAUGUACGCGAUUUCAUCUUUCACAUUUGAACAUCGGACUGAUUUUCUUGUACUCAUCUGGUAUUUCCGCUACCCUGUUCCGUAUCAAAAUCAAUACGCAAACUACUUCCAAUCAACUCCAACAGGAUCCGCAAUGUCGAUGCGUGCGUACUUCCGUUGCGGCAGCGGCCUCAGCGUGUACGGUCCGACCAACGUGGGCAACAAGUUCUCCGUUUUGGAAACAGCGAAACUCGGGUCGUCGCUGUCCAUCCGGGGCAUCAGCCGCUUCGGCUCGCGGGUGUCGCUGGUGGACUUCUUGAACCUUGGUUCCUCCGUGUCCAUCCGGUCGUACAGCCGGCUGAACAGCGGCAUUUCCGUGCGCGGGUUGGUCAACGUCGGCUCCAUCCACGCGGCGUCUGUGAUGAACUUCCUGACCGCGGGAAGCUCGCUCUCGGUCCGGUGCCACUCCCGGUUCGGCUCCAAGAUGAGCGUCCUGGAUAUGCUCAACCUGGGCUCGGCCUUGUCCGUCCGUGGCAUCAGCCGGCUCGGCUCAAGGCAGUCCGUCUUCGACAUGUUUGCCCUGGGCAGCAGCUUCAGCAUCCGCAGCUUCAGCCGCCUGGGCAGUGGGUUGUCCGUGGCGGGCGACGUGAACACCAAGGGCAUGACCUCGAUCCUCGGCUUCCUGCAGACCGGCAGCAGCCUGUCCAUCCGCACGCACGUCCGGUUCGGCAGCCGCAUGUCCGUGCUGGAUGCCACGUGCCUUGGCUCCUCGAUCUCCGUGCGCGCGUUCCUCCGGCUAGGCUCCGCCUGCUCCGUCAAGGGCAUCGCGCACAUUGGCAGCAUCUACCAGGCGUCCGUGAUCAACCAGAUCCACGUUGGCUCCAGCCUGUCCGUCCGCGGACGCACGCAGUUCGGCAGCCGAAUGUCCGUGUUGCUCUUCGUCAACCUCGGUAGCGGCUUGAGCGUCAGGAACACACUCAGGCUCGGCUCCAGGGCGUCCGUCUGCGACUGCUUCGCGCUCGGUAAAAUUUGUUUGGUUUUUGUGAUUCUUGCUGAUGUUGUCAACAUAGUCUUGAUUAGAGAUGACUUGGGAGCACGAAGAUGAACAUAUUGACAAUGCAAUUAAGAUUCUCAUCAAUGUUUCACAAUCCCAACAAAAAAUCCCAGGCUCGUCGCUCUCGUUCCGUUCCGCGGUUCGGUUCGGUAGCAGCAUGUCGAUCGUGGGCAAGAUGGUCGGCAGCAGCAAGUUGUCCGUGAUCGAGCAGGUGAACUUCGGUUCUACCUUCUCUAUCCGUAGCUUCAUGCGGUGCGGUUCGUCGCUCUCGCUGUACGGCAACCUGGUCGGAGGCAAGGUCGGAACGCCAUACUCCAUCUACGCCGCCGCCACCAUCGGCAGCUCCUUCAGCUGCAGGGCGUUUGCAAGGUACAAGACAACUUGAUGUUGAGUAGAACAGAAGGUUGAUGAUAGAUUUGCGUCGUUCCUUUUAUGUUGCUCACUGCGGAAUGAAGUUGAUGAAUGUUGAAUUUGCAUACGAGUCCUUUCAUGAACAACUUUCCAUGUAAAACAAUGAAAAAAACAGACUCGGCUCGGCAGUGUCCAUGUUCGCUAACCUCCGGGUGGGCGGCAAUUUGAGCACUCUCGAGCACGCGGAGAUUGGCUCGUCCAUCAGCGUCAGAGGAAUUGCACGCCUGGGAAGCAGAGCAUCCGUGCUGGAUUGCUUGAUGCUCGGUACAACUAUUUUUGUGUGUUUCUGAAGUGAGGUUUCGCUUUUCAAAUGCCUGAACUUUGGUGACAGCUUGAUUCACACGGGCCUUUUUUUCCAUAAUACAUGAAAACACCUUGCAAAAAACAUCAAACACUUUAUCAGGCUCCUCGAUCUCUGUCCGCGCGUUCAUCCGCGCCGGAUCCGGUCUUUCCGUGAAGGGCCUGACCCAGUGCGGAAGCAGCUUCCAGAUGUCCGUCCUGCAGUGGGUCAAGCUCGGGUCCUCCUUGUCGGUCCGCUCCGUCUCCCGCCUCGGUAGCAAGGCCUCCGUGCUGAACUUCGUGGCGCUCGGCAGCGCGCUGUCGGUGCGGUCCAAGACCUGCUUCGGCAGCCGCAUGUCCGUGCUCGACACUUUGAACCUCGGUUCGGCGUUGUCGCUCCGUCGGUCGAUGAAGAUGGGCGAAUCUUUGUCCGUGCUGCAGUUCUGCCACCUGGGUAGCAGCCUCAGCGUGCGCAGCACCGGCCGCAUCGGAAGUCGCGCCAGCGUGGUGGACUUCUUGACACUUGGUACUUACAUAUUUUCACGACUUUUUAUUCGAUCUUGUUGUCUGUUCCAUUCAGUUUAUUUGGUUUUCCACCAUCGAGUCUAUGAGUAGAACCUCCACCCCGUAUGCGGACUACAGAAAGCGUCACAAAUGAAAAGCAAACAACAUCGCAAAUGUUCAAAUCUCGGAAUCUCUGCAGGUUCCUCUUGCUCUGUGCGUGGACACGGAAGACUGGCAGGCAACAUGAGCAUCUUCUCCUUCGUCCAGAUGGGUAGCAGCUUGUCGGUGCGAUCCGCAUCCAGAUUCAGCUCGCGGUGCAGUGUCCUAGACACCAUGGCGCUCGGCUCCUCCUUGAGCUUGAGGUAAAAAUGUUGUGAAUUUAUUUUGGCAAUUGUGAAUAAGCGAAAACGAUAUUUGCUUCUUUUUGUCAUUUGUUUUCCAAUGCCAAUGCUUCUGUUUCCUCAGCCUUACGAAAUAAGAACAAGUGCCACUGUAAUACACAACGAAACUGUUGAAUCUACCUUCUUACAACACUCAAAAACAGGGCUGCGGUGCGCCUCGGCUCCUCUUGCUCCGCGUACGGCAGUACCAUCUGCUCGAACGCGAGGAUAUCCGUGACCGGCCUGGCGAAUGUCGGUUCCGCCUUGUCCGUCCGCGGCGUAACGCGCUUCGGCUCCCGCGUCAGUAUCCUGGACAUGUUGAACAUCGGUAGCAGCGUGUCCGUCCGUGCGGCGGUUCGCUGCGGCAGCAGUUUGUCGGUGAUCGGCCGAGCCGCGGUUGGCAGCUGUCUGAAGGCCAGCGUGAUCAACUGGGCAACAUUGGGAAGCGCCUUGAGCGUCAGGUAAAGUUUAGAGUCGAGUUUUUUGCUUUGUUGGCUUACAUACUACUAAUUUUCUUGUGAUUGUGUUUUAUUUAGUGCACGAGCAUGAUAAAAAGGGAGGUGCAUGACAACAAACAACUAUGCAACAUUAAAACCAAUUCGAUAAUCACAGGUCGCAUUCGCGUCUUGGAUCACGCGUGUCCGUUCUGGAUAUGCUCCGGCUCGGAAGUUCCGUUUCCUUGCGGUCCAUUUGCCGCACUGGCUCCGGCAUGUCCAUCUUCGCGAACUGCAGGGUAGGAAGCAGUUGCAGUGUGCUGGGCUGUCUGACCGUCGGUAGCGCGUUGUCCAUCCGAAACUCGAUACGGUUCGGCGGCAAGAUGAGUGUUCUGGAAUUCACCCAGCUCGGCUCCUCGCUGUCCCUCCGCGGCUUCGCCAGAAUCGGCUCCAGCUGCAGCUUGGUCAGCAACGCCAGAAUCGGAGAUCACUGCUCGGUAUGGACUUUGUUUGGGGAGAGUGAUCAAAGUUUGAUGCAUAGUCGGGUCUUUUUCUACCAUGACUUUUGCGAUGAAAUGAAGACCAGCAGCGCAUUACUUAUCAAAUGAAAACCAUUCCCAAUGACAAACCAAUCAAAACAAAACAGGUUGUCUCGCAUUCGCAUCUCGCCUCGUCAAUUUCCGUCCGUGGAAUUGCCCGGCUGGGAUCAAGAGCGAGCGUCCUGGACAUGAUGAUGCUGGGCUCGACCCUUUCCGUGCGUAGCUGCGUGCGCGUCGGCAGCUCACUGUCUGUCGCAGGCAACACGAGAUUUGGCACCUGCUCGCAAUUGAGCGUGUACAGCUACCUCACCGCGGGAAGCAGCAUCAGCGUCCGCUCACAUGCGAGGUAAUAAUACUACCUGAAUGGAUGAUUUUGAUGAAGCAAUACACCAAUUUUGGUGCUAUUCUGCUGCAGCUUUUGAGAUGAGAGGCCGUGCUUAUUUUGACGGAUUUUCUUCCACUUCAUGUUUGUAUGAUGCUAACAACACAAGAAACUCAAAACUAAAUCUAAAUUCAAACGUCACCGCCCAUGAAUCACAGACUCGGCUCCCGCGUGUCCAUCCUGAACAUGCUGGCCCUCGGGUCCUCCAUGUCCGUCCGCGGCGUGAUGCGGUGCGGCUCCGCGCUGUCGGUGCAGGGUAACCUGCGAUCCGGCCCAAGCCGAUUCUCCGCGUACGGUGCGGUGCAGAUCGGCUCUUCGCUCUCCGUCCGCGGCUACACGAAGUUCGGCUCGCGGGUGUCCAUCCUCGACGCGGUUUCCCUCGGCUCCUGCUUGUCCAUCCGGGCGUACGGCAGAAUGGGCUCCGGCUUGUCCGUCGCGGGCAGCUUCAACGCGGCGGCGGCUACCCGACUGUCCAUCACCAGUGGCGUCCACAUCGGCUCCACACUGUCGAUGCGCUCCUUCACGCGCCUGGGCAGCAACGUGUCCGUGAUCAACUUCGCCAGCGUCGGGAGUUCGUUCUCCAUGCGGUCCUUCAGCAGGUUAGGCGGCAACAUCUCCGUGCUGGACUUCUCCAACAUGGGCUCGGCGCUGUCCGUGCGCUCGUUCGCGAGACUCGGCAGCGGCUUGUCCGCCAAGGGCAGCGUCCGGAUUGACAGCACGCUGUAUGUCGGCGAUGCGGCCAUCACCAGUGACAACUCCGGGAACCCGACCAUGAAACUCUACCCGUACAAGACCAGCAGUGUGGCCAACAAGGCGGUAUUUUAUUUUCAGGAUAGUUUGCUUUUUGAAAUGAUUUUGGUUCUUUUGGGUUAGAUUUCAUCCAGCAGCACUCUAAGAUUAGAAUUUCUCGUACUGUUCAUACAUUCAAGCCAAAUGCGCACUUCUAAUGCGAAUCCGACAAAUUGAAAACAGGGUAUCACCAUGGUCUACUCGGGUGGGGCAGUCGCCGGUACGCUCCACGGCACCUGGUCCGCAGACAACGCGGUGACUUCCUCCGAUAAGAGGCGGAAGCGCGACAUUGCGCCGCUGUACCAGGAGUUGCUGAAAGUGGCACCAAGGAACGAGAAGGCGCUGGCUCUGAUGGAGCAAGGUAAUUGCAAAACUGAUUUUUUGCUGUUUUUGUCAUGUAGAAAGCUCUUCAGUAGAAUUUCAACGAAGUUCCGUUAGGCAUGCAGAAUUCGUUUUACUAGAAAAGGAAACGAUCUCCAAAAUCAUCCCCAAAAUGCUUAUCCCACAAAUAAAACUCAGGUCGCGUUGCCGACGCUAAGGAUGCCACGAUCAUCCAAGUGCUGCAAGAGCUCCGGCCUGUUAGCUACAAGUACAAGCGUGCUUCGGAGUCGAAGUACAGCCGGUACGGGUUCAUCGCGCAGGAGAUCGAAGAAGUGCUGCCGAACAUGGUGGUGAAGUCCGAACAGGACGGCAUGCUGCAACUGCGCCUGGACGACCUGAUCGCGGUGCUCACACUCGGUAUCCAGUCCCUGGACAGCCGCGUGUGGCAGCUCGACGAGAAGUUGACUACGAUCGACAUCAAGGUCGAGGAGAACUACGAGAAGUUGACCGAUAGGAUGAAGACCAUCGAGACCAUGAUCCGGAAGGUGCUGAUCGGCAAAAAGAACAAGGAGAUAAUGUUGGCAUCGAAUGCUGUCAACGCCACCGCGGAUAGUAAUUCUGCAGCGAUCGCAGCACACGAGCAAGUGAUUGCACAGCAGCAGGUCAGCGUCGAAAGCACAAUUGUGAACGGGGUUCAAGUGACAAAGACGUCAAACACGACGGUCAUUCUGAACGACACGAAUCUAACCGUGCUCAACGCGACUAUGGUCGAGAUCUUCGGAUAAAAAAAUAGUAGCUAGUAGUAGAGAAAAAAAUUGAAAAAAAAGCGCUCCGAUGGAGAGUCGCUUCGGAAAUUGAAAAACCGUUGUACUGGAAAGUAAUAGAAACAGUGUCACAAGCAGAUUACAGCAAGAAUUUGUACCGAAAAAUCAGACUUUGAUACCGUUGUGAAUAAUAUCAGACGGAAAAGAAUUUCUAUCAGAAGUACGAAACAGCAAAUAUUGCUAUUCCUUGACGAAUAGGAAAUUAACACGCUAUGACAAAAAGUGUCACUUCACUUUGAAUAACAACUUCUAGCAACAAGAUUCAGCUUUAUCGAGGAGAGAUGAAGAUUUACUUUUUCGAUUUACUUUCGCGCAGAUAAUAUCAGAUUGGAAUAAUUUUAUCAAAAACAGUAUCAACACUAAGAAAUAUGAAAGGUUUAACAAUGUCGCCUGUCUUGUCUGAAAAAUGUUGUUGUUUGCAUGAAAUAUUCUUCACCUGAAAUAAGAUAUUCUUCUAUCGACACGUGCCCGUCUUCCUGCGGGACACAAAUCUUUAUAAUGUUUCUUUUCUUGCACAGAACAAAAAAUUUCGGAAGCUACCAGGCUAGAAUUUUCUAUGUCUGGUAACCUUCAAGGAAAUUAGGCUGGCUAUUUGAAUUGGUAAGUACGAGGUACAAAUAUCAUCACAAUUGCUAAUGCUAGUUUUGCCUGGAUAUUCUUCUCAUGAUAUCCGGUCAAAAACUACUACCGAUUUUUAUACUUCUUCAUACAAAAAAGAAAAGAAAUUGUCUACAAGGCUACAAAACAGUUUCGAUAGAACUUAUCGCUACGAAAGUAAAGCGCACACAGCAGGAGAAUAGAACACAUCUUGCUCUUGCAAAAGCGAAAGUGGAACAGAGGAAAUUUAUCCGCUAUGGGUGUUGAAAAUAAUGGCUAGAAAUCAAACCUUUCUGGAUUCAUCAAGGCCGAAACACAUUCUCCGAGACCGUCCACCUCGGAGCUUGUUUUUUGCGUUUUUGAUCUUCAGGAAAAAACAUCGCACUAGAAUAGAAACUUUUUUCGAGUUUAGUCCAGGCUCGCUCUUUCUGUCCUGACGUCCAUUUUCAGGGGUAGAUAGAGUCUGAGCAGUAAGACAAACAUCGAAAUCGCCACUUUGGAAGAACUUCUAGCUCAGGAUGCCCGCGGUAGUCGAAGACAACAGAAGAAAUAUUUUCGCAAUUCAAGGCAACGACACAGCAGCUGGUGCGUAUGAAUUUCCAAACAGUUCUUUAUCUCAGACAAAAAGCAUCAAAGUAUUUUCUUCUCGACAAAUUCGCAAAAAUAGCUGGUACUAUUUCUAUUUUCUAUUACCUAUGAACAGGUUUCGAAUGGUUACGAUUUGAUUUCUAUUGCAUUACACUAAUCUCUUGAAAGUUUUAGAUCUAUCUAUCAAAACCAAAUCACCUCCAAGGUAGGUGGAAUAGCAAGGGCGAUUGCUGACUACCUGGGUGAAAUUAUCACUAGUUAAAUUGCUACUAUCAUGAUCUAUUGUUUGAUUUAUGAAAACAGUCGAAAAAUCAGUAUUUGACGCAGAUUUUCUACCGAUAAAUUGCUCUUGCCUCUCGGAAGGUUUACACAGCAAGUUUAGCGUCGCCAGUAUCUACCAAUAUUUCGUGUCUACUAACUUCGCCUCACUUUUUUUUCUUUGGUGUCAGAAUUUGGUACACGAAAUCAUUCCUACCUCUAAAUAACAGUUUCACCUCAAGAAUCAAUCAAGCACGAAUCAGAUGUCGAUAAAAA